UGCUGCAAAUGUAUAUAGAAGAUCGAGUUACAAGUACGCCCCAUCUUUAAACUCAGUCUAUGCGCAGUUAGCCGAAGGACAACAGGACAGGCAAGAUACGUCCUGUGUCAGCAGUCAGACAAGGGUCAACGCCUAUGUAAGUUUCCUUCGUUCCUAAAACACUAAUUUCAAUGCAUUUAACUAGCUAAAAGUUAAUAGGCUAGGCUAAGCGUUUUGGAUACAAAGAUAACGCUGAAUCCCGAGUUCGGAUUUGUGAGCAACAUGUUGCUAUUGUAAAGGCUACAUUCUCAGCCGCUGGCGCGGUAAAUGUUGCGACGGUAUCUGUAUUAUUUUUCACAGCCUAUAAUAUUAUACUUUUAUAGUUUUGUGGGAAUGUUUCAAGGACUUUGGGUGGUUUCGAUCGCUGUCACAACAUUAUCCAACUUUUUUGGCUUCUCUUAUAACGUCGGAAACCUGUUGAUUCAGUGUCCCGAAGAAUAGAUGGAGAAGAAGGAGGAGUUGAGAAAAGCGGAUUGUAUUCCUUGCCUUCUCAGUAGCCGAGACAAGCUUCAAAAUAAUACCAUGCAAAUUCAUAAACAGACACUUAUACAAACACAGUUCAGUUUGAAAAACAUGGCUUGAGUGAGCGGUGAACGAAAACUAUGCCAUAGCGGGGUUAUGAUAAUGAAUAAUCGGGCUAUGGCUUGCAAAACCAACAUCGAGAAACCGUUAUCCAUUCGCGCGUUUCGGCUAGGGCUAGGCUAACUGUUUGUCCAAACCUUGUGAUAGGCCCUGCAUAAAACGUGAAGUUGUUUUCAUGUUGGUUUCAAAUUCGUUUUUAUAUUGGGAGACAAAAUUUGCUAUUGUCUGUAAAAAGUGCAUUGACAUUUUCUGUUAUGAAGCCAACUGAUGAUGCCAUCCGAAUAGGCUAUUCAGCAUAUGCACUUGCACCUAAUUAUUAGGCUAAUAUGGGAUUUAAACAAAUGAAAUAAUGUGCCAACAACUAAGAUCAUCCUUCAUACCGCUUCUUAAUGGAUGAAUGCAAUUAAAUAAAUAAAAUAUGUAGCGAUGUGCUUGCAUAGCCUAUGGCUGGAGUGGGUAUGACUACGUUACAACUACAGAGCAUUUGGUGAGACGAUUUACUCUAGUCCAUAAAUAUGCUAUAUUAAACAUCCAGGAUUUGUACAUUAUUGUAUCUUGAUGAAUAAAAAGUGUUCCAAUAUAAAAUGAAACAUCUGUCAUUUUAUUCACAUUAGAACAUUGACUUCACCUCCAUCACUUAAACUUAAAAUUUUAAAAGUUACCAUUCCUGUGCUUGGUAUGGUAACACAAAUAACUUUUUUUUCUGAAUGUGUUAAUGAAUACUUGAUUUACGGUAACUGAGAAGUGAUAUGGCUAUUGGUUAGGCUACUGAGCAUAGAAGCAGAACAUAUUUAUUUAAUUAAUGAUCACACGAUCAAAAACAACAAAACGAUGACGUGACAGUCAAUGGUCAAACACAAACCAACACGAACAAGAAACCACAAUGAAUGAAUGCCUAACGGCUACCUAAGUAUGACUCCCAAUCAGAGACAACGAGCUACAGCCGUCUCUGAUUGGGAGCCACCCUGGCCAACAUAGAUAUACACCAACUAGAAUCAACACACAUGAAAACUCACACCCUGGCUCAACAUACUAGAGUCCCCAGAGCCAGGGCGUGACAGUACCCCCCCCCCUAAAGGCGCGGACUCCGACCGCGCCAACCAAAUACCACAGGGGAGGGACCGGGUGGGCACUCCGCCUUGGCGGCGGAUCCGGCUCCGGGCAUGAUCCCCACUCGCUCUCUAACCCCCCAAAGUACCCCUGGUCCGGUCUGGCCCUGCUGACCGGAGCUGGACUGCACACUGGUGGAGCGGAUUGCUCUAGCUCCGGCGUGAAGCAGCUGACCCGUGCUGAACCAGGCACUAGUGGAACAGGCACGGGCUGUGCCGGACUGACGACGCACACCACUGGCUUGGUGUGGGGAGCAGGAACGGCCCGAGCCGGGCUGACGAAACGCACCCCUGACUUGGUGCGGGGAGCAGGAGCGGGCCGAACCGGGCUGACGAAACGCACCACUGACUUGGUGCGGGGAGCAGGAACGGGCCGAGCCGGGCUGACGAAGCGCACCACUGACUUGGUGCGGGGAGCAGGAACGGGCCGCGCCGGGCUGACGAAGCGCACCACUGACUUGGUGCGGGGAGCAGGAACGGGCCGCGCCGGGCUGACGAAGCGCACCACUGACUUGGUGCGGGGAGCAGGAACGGGCCGAGCCGGGCUGACGAAGCGCACCACUGUCUUGGUGCGGGGAGCAGGAACGGGCCGAGCCGGGCUGACGAAGCGCACCACUGACUUGGUGCGGGGAGCAGGAACGGGCCGCGCCGGGCUGACGAAGCGCACCACUGACUUGGUGCGGGGAGCAGGAACGGGCCGAGCCGGGCUGACGACGCGCACCAUUGGCCUGGUGCGGGGAGCAGGAACAGGCCGGACCGUACUGGGGACACACACCACUGGUCCUACGCAGGGAUCUGGAAUGAGCCGGACCGGACUGGUAACACACCCCAGUACCUCUCGCCGUGCCUCUACACCUUCCAUCCCCUCUUCGACCAGUGGCCCCCGUAACCUGGCGGCCUCCUCUGCCAACCCGCUGGGCCGCUCUGCCGCGGUCUCCUGCUGGCCCGUCGUCCACGGCGUUAGCCCCCCCCUAAAAAUUUCUGGGCGUCUCUCCUACCCUGUGGACCAGGUCUCCAUGUCCCUCGCCAGCCUUUCGCCCUUCUGCUUCCAUGUCAAGCCCUUCUCUUCCCCACCCGGCUUGACCCAGUCGAGGAGGCGAAGGAGAUCUGCUAGAGAUCUCCCUGGCGAUGGCUCCUGGACACGCUGCUUGGUCCAGUCUUGGUGGUUUCUUCUGUCACACUCGUCGGGAACAGAGGAGGACCAAGGCGCAGCGUUGAAUGCGAACAUAUUUAUUUAAUUAAUGAUCACACGAUCAAAAACAACAAAACGAUGACGUGACAGUCAAUGGUCAAACACAAACCAACACGAACAAGAAACCACCAAGACUGGACCAAGCGGUGUGAGUUUUCAUGUGUGUUGAUUCUAGUUGGUGUAUAUCUAUGUUGGCCAGGGUGGCUCCCAAUCAGAGACGGCUGUAGCUCGUUGUCUCUGAUUGGGAGUCAUACUUAGGUAGCCGUUAGGCAUUCAUUCAUUGUGGUUUCUUGUUCGUGUUGGUUUGUGUUUGACCAUUGACUGUCACGUCAUCGUUUUGUUGUUUUUGAUCGUGUGAUCAUUAAUUAAAUAAAUAUAUUCGCAUUCAACGCUGCGCCUUGGUCCUCCUCUGUUCCCGACGAGCGUGACAACACCUGCCUGUUAUAGACCUAACAUGUAUAGUAAAUGACUUUGCUAAGGCCACACAGAUGCCUGACGGAGACAAACAUGUCACAAAGCCAUUGCCAAUGUCAAUUAAGGCCCCAUGAAUGGCAAUUGGCAGAUGUUAAACCCUCAAUAAGAGCAUUAGUUCAAAUACAAAUACAAAGUCCCCAGCAAACUGCAUGUGCCUAGUAAAGACCCUACUUAUUGUUGUAGUAUUGUAGCACUGGCAUGAAACAUUGUUCUGCAGUGCAGCAGCUCUCCACUGAAGAAGUUAAACAAUUCUCCAGGUAAAAACGGGUACUUUAUAUAAUGUCAUCUGAAUGUAUGAAAAUUCAGAGUGGGCUGCUGAGAUAUUUUAAAGGUCUACUGUCAGUCAGUAUGAACACACUGGCCUGAGUGUACUUGGAUAUAGACAUUGAAUAAGUAAGUAGCUUAUGUGAUAAUGAUUGACAAAAGUAGCAUUGCAACAACACUCGUCAUGGUUUGAUGUUGAUGUCGUAUUCAUUAGGAGGGUGUGUAACACAGAUAUGUGUAUUUUGCAGGCCUUGACUACACUCUCUGGUUGAUGGGCAGCUAUCACAUCUACCGGGAAUAAAAUAGAUGAUUGAGACAAUGGGUAAGUGAUCAGUCAAUUUGUGAUAUGUCAAAGAAAGAAAAGUGUUGAUUGCUAAUGUUGUCUGUUAUGUGGAAGGUCUCACCAGAUGAAAAGAGUGAGAGGUGGUAAUUUUUCGAUGAAGAAAGUGAAUUUAAUUGAUGUUAUUAUGUAUUUAGAUAAUAUGUUACUCCCCAUCUCCCCAUCUCCCAUCCAAACAGAAAGAAUCCUGACUUGGCCUCUGUUAUUGUAAAAUCACCCUAUGUCUCUAACAAACUCAGAGUCUGAGGAGAAUCCUUGUUAUUAAUGCUCAAACACUCAGAAAACAACUACAAAAUACCUCGAAAGGUACAAGCUGUUAACAGAGAAAUGUUUCUGUCAAGACUCCCGUAUUAUUGGUUUGUUUACUGUCUCUGCUCAAUGAGGUACAUUUUUGUAGGAUCUUAAUUUGACCUAUAUUGUCACAGCAAAAUAAUCCUGCAGCAACAGAAUUUGAACGUUUAGUCCAUAAUAUUGCUUGAUCAGUGGUUAGACUAUUAGCUGGACAAAAGUAGGCUACAUGAAAAGUGCAAUACUGUUAAUAUAACCGUGUGUUAGUGUGGGUUUUCAGUCACGAAGCUCAUCUGCAUUUCCUGCGGUGCAGAAAAAUUCUCAGCAACAGAAGAGUGAUCAAAUUAAGGUUCUACAUCUGUAGGCUAGCUCUCAGAAUGAACAGUGCUUUGGAACUUGUGCACACCCUAUUACGUGUUAGUCACAGUCCGCGGGCCUCGGAAAUUGUCCCGUCCUCCUGCACCAGAGGACGUCAAACCCAUCCUCGGCUAACAAGCUGCUCUGGGGAGGCGAGAGAAGCAAGGUAGGCGAGUAGGCUUGAGUUCUUCGAUUGUGGAGCUUAUGCAGAGUCCAGCAAGCAAACUGGAGGGCCUUUUUUCUCUGGUUGCCCAUUCCGGGCCUGUGAGUCUCUCUGCCAAGCCAAAGCUAACAGCGAAUCAUUGUUAUUCUGAAUGACAACAUCAGUUUCUUUCCUUUUUAUUUUAUUUUUUAUUCUGGUGCAGAUCAAAUUAAAUGUUAAAUCAAAUAAAUGUUUAUUUGUCACGUGCUUCAUAAACAACAGGUGUGGACUAACAGUAAAAUGCUUACUUACAGGCCCUCCCCAACAGGGCAGAGUGAAAGAAAAUAGAUAAAUAAUAUAAAUAAAACACGUAAUAAUAAAAGUAAUAAUAGAUACACAAUGACUAACGAUAACUUGACGAUAUACAACUGGUACUGUGCAGGGGUAUGAGGACAUUGAUGUAGAUAUAGUGCAUUCGGAAAGUAUUCAGACCCCUUGGGUUUUUGCAAAUUUUGUUACGUUACAGCCUUGAUUAAAUAUUCACAUAAAUCUACACACAAUAAACCAUAAUGACGAAGCAAAAACAGGUUUUUAGAAAUUCUAACACAUUUAUUAAAAAUAAAAAACAGAAAAAAACCUUAUUUAAAUAAGUAUUCAGACCCUUUGCUAUGAGACUCGAAAUUGAGCUCAGGUGCAUCCUGUUUUCAUUGAUCAUCCUUGAGAUGUUUCUACAACUUGAUUGGAGUCCACCUGUGGUAAAUUCAAUUGAUUGGACAUGAUUUGGAAAGGCACACACCUGUCUAUAUAAGGUCCCACAGUUGACAGUGCAUGUCAGAGCAAAAACCAAGCCAUGAGGUCGAAGGAAUUGUCCGUAGAGCUCCGAGACAGGAUUGUGUCGAGGCACAGAUCUUGGGAAGGGUACCAAAACAUUUCUGCAGCAUUGAAGGUCCCCAAGAACACAGUGGCCUCCAUCAUUCUUAAAUGGAAGAAGUUUGGAACCACCAAGUCUCUUCCUAGAGCUGGCCACCAGGCCAAACUGAGCAAUCGGGGUAGAAGGGCCUUGGUCAGGGAGGUGACCAAGAACCCGAUGGUCACUCUGACAGAGCUCCAGAGUUUCUUCUGUGAAGAUGGGAGAACCUUCCAGAAGGACAACCAUCUCUGCAGCACUCCACCAAUCAGGCCUUUAUGGUAGAGUGGCCAGACGGAAGCCACUCCUCAGUAAAAGGUACAUGACAGCCCACUUGGAGUUUGCCAAACGGCACCUAAAGACUCUCAGACCAUGAGAAACAAGAUGCUCUGGUCUGAUGAAACCAAGAUUGAACUCUUUGGCCUGAAUGCCAAGCGUCACGUCUGGAGGAAACCUGGCACCGUCCCUACGGAAUUGUAAAGUGGUUAUCCCACUGGCUAUAGGGUGAACGCACCAAUUUGCGAGUCGCUCUGGCUAAGAGCGUCUGCUAAAUGACGUUAAUGUGCCCUUGAGCAAGGCACUUAACCCUAAUUGCUCCUGUAAGUCGCUCUGGAUAAGAGCGUCUGCUAAAUGACUAAAAUGUAAAUGUAAAUGUAAAAUGUGAAGAAUGGUGGUGGCAGCGUCAUGCUUUGGGGAUGUUUUUCAGCGGCAGAGACUGGGAGAUUAGUCAGGAUCGAGGGAAAGAUGAACGGAGCAAAGUACAGAGAGAUCCUUGAUGAAAACCUGCUCCAGAGUGCUCAGGAUCGCAGACUGGGGUGAAGGUUCACCUUCCACCAGGACAACGACCCUAAGCACACAGCCAAGACAACGCAGGAGUGGCUUCGGGACAAGUCUUUGAGUGGCCCAGCCAGAGCCCGGACUUGAACCCGAUCGAACAUCUCUGGAGAGACCUGAAAAUAGCUGUGCCGCGAUGCUCCCCAUCCAACCUGACAGAGCUUGAGAGGAUCUGCAGAGAAGAAUGGGAGAAACUCACCAAAUACAGGUGUGCCAAGCUUGUAGCAUCAUACCCAAGAAGACCAAAGGUGCUUCAACAAAGUACUGAGUAAAUGGUCUGAAUACUUAUGUAAAUGUAAUAUUCCAGUUUUUUCUAUUUUUAUAAAUUAGCCAAAAUUUAUAAAAACCUGUUUUUGCUUUGUCAUUAUGGGGUAUUGUUUGUAGAUUGAUGAGGGGAGAAGAAACUAACAAUUGAAUCCAUUUUAGAAUAAGGCUGUAACAUAACAAAAUGAGGAAAAAGUCAAGGGGUCUGAACACUUCCCGAAUGCACUGUAUGUACAUAUAGCUAGGAAUAAAGUCACAGAUAAUAAACAGUAGCAGCAGCGUAUGUGAUGAGUAAAGAAAGUUUGUGCAAAAAGGGUAAAUGCAGAUUGUCCAGGUAGCUAUUUUGUUAACUAUUUAACUAACUAUUUAGUAGUCUUAUGGCUUGGGUGUAGAAGCUGUUUAGGGUCCUGUUGGUUCCAGACUUGGUGUAUCAGUACCGCUUGCCGUGCGGUAGCUGAGAUAACAGUCUAUGACUUGGGUGGCUGGAGUCUUUGACCAUUUUUAGGGCCUUCCUCUGACACCGCCUGGUAUAGAGGUCCUGGAUGGCAGGGAGCUAGGCCCCAGUGAUGUACUGGGCUGUACGCACUACCUUGCGGUUGGAUGCCAAGUAGUUUCCAUACCAAGCGGUAAUGCAGCCAGUGCGGAUGUUGCCUGUAAUCCAUGGCUUCUGGUUGGGAUAUGUACAUACGGUCACUGUGGGGACGACAUCGUUGAUGCACUUAUUAAUGAAGCCGGUGACUGAUGUGGUAAACUGCUCAAAGCCAUCGGAUGAGUCCCGGAACCUAUUCCAAUCUGUGCUAGUGAAACAGCUCUGUAGCUUAGCGUCUGCUUCCUUGGACCACUUCCAUAUUGAGCGUGUCACUGAUACUUCCUGUUUGAGUGUUUGCUUGUAAGCAGGAAUCAGGAAGAUAGAGUUCUGGUCAGAUUUGCCAAAUGGAGGGCGAGGGAGAGUUUUGUAUGCAUCUCUGUGUUUGGAGUAAAGGUGAUAAAGAGCAAAGCUCAUAGCUACAUGAUUCUGAUUUUCUAAGCUUUGUUGAGCAGUGGUCGACCUUAGCUAAGCCUCGGAUGGUUGACGUGUGAUUUACUGUCUCCUCUCUCUCUCUCUCUCUCUCUCUCUCUCUCUCUCUCUCUCUCUCUCUCUCUCUCUCUCUCUCUCUCCUUCCCAAUGAAUCAUUGACAUAGUGCUUCUCACAUUAGCAAGCAUGUUUGGUUCCGUGUGUCAACGGGAGCAUGGGUUACUCAGAUAAAGAUAAAAACUUUAGAAGUCUGCCAUAGACUUCACAUUCUCAGCAAAACAUCCUGAAUAAACACUGACAACAAAUUAGGAACACUUGGAUUAAACUGACAGAAUGUUUUAGAGAAGCUGAAGGGGGAAUGUCAAUAGCUAUCCCCCUUCCACUUCUCUCCACAUGGCUGCCGCCCCAUGCUGUCACUGAACUAUGUGAUGCUUUGCAGAUACCCAGCGUGCCUUGCAGGCAGUGGAGCGUCUCCAGGCCAAGCUGAAGGAGAGGGGGGAGGUCCCCACCGAGGAGAAGCUCAGCCUGCUCAAGUCGGUGCUCCAGAGCCCCCUGUUCCACCAGAUUCUGGCCCUGCAGAAGUCUGUCCAGCUCCUCAAAGAUCAGGUGGGUAAGACCAGGUCUCUCUUGGGGGUUGGGACAUAGGAUCACUAAGUUCACUAAGCAGGAUCACUCAGGAUCAGUUAAGUAACUUUGAUGAACAAUAUAAAAAAUAGAUCUUGAUUUUCUGGUUUAUUGUCAGGAAACCUAAACUUGGGUUGUUGGGAGUGGCGAGUCAAUUUAAAUGUAAACUGGGCUGUUUUAUCCAAGAUGUGGAUGUGGAUAUGGGUUAAAGGGUUCACCCAAAUUACAAAAUUACAUAUAACAGCAAUCCGUGCUUGGGUUUUGUUUUUGUAAUUUGGGUGAACUAUCCCUUUAAGAAUGAGGGUUAGGGUAGCCAUCAUUCUAACCCUUACAGGGGGUCAUAAACAUGACCCAAUAAAGUAAACAGACUUAACCUCAUCCCAUCUCUUGUUUCAACUCCCUAACUGGUCUUUAAGUUUUUGUCUACAUUGUAGAUACAUGUGUUAAAGGGAUAGCGGCAGACCCAGCUUGUCUUUUUGCAAAUAUUUCACUGCCUAUUCACUAGCUUGACCACAGGAUUGACCAAGUAUGGUCUUUGCUGCAACAUUAUUAUUAUGUCUAGGAGUUGGAAUGAAGGAAAUUACUACUACUUAUUUCAGUCUUGAUUUGGUCUGCGUUGAAUCCAAAUCAAAUUAUUCUCAGUUUUGGCUUGCCUCCAGACAGACAUUUUUUAUCUCUCUCAAAUCAUGUAUUACUGUGGGCAUAUUGCAGUCAGAGUUCAUCUGGGCACUUCUAAUAAGGUUAUAUAAGCAGACGCUGCCAGCCAAAGCCAAAAGGCCUCCUUGACUUAUCCAGGGCCCAUGAGAAAUCGAGAUUUCUUUUGCCCAAGGAAGAGCUCUUGUUAGGUCACUGUGGAUGUAUGCGAAUGGGCCAGGGUGAGUGCUUGAGACAGAGAGAGAAAGUAUGUGAGCCAUGCUGUGGGAGGAAAGAUGCUGCUACAGCUUGUAUUUUUUUCACCCCUGAAGGAAUUCAGAUUAUAAAAUCCUUGCAGACAUUUUUUUGUGUGCCGGUGCUUUAUAGUUCAUUUCAGCAGUGUCACAUUCUUAUGCACAAUGUAACAACCCAAUCCACACAGUAUAUAAUGGUUAACGGUGUGUGUGUGGCAUGCUAAUCUAUUGCUCUUCCACCCUAAUGUUUUCAAGCUAAAAUAAAUGUGCAAUGGAGUCUAUGUUUAUAGAUAAAGCGAAUCAAAGAAAACAACAUAAAAAAACUUUAAAUCAUUGAAGUUCAAAUUAGUGGAACAGAGAUUAAGCUGAGUGCUUGCGAUACAAAGAGACUUGCCGGCUUCAUUGGGCGAAACCAAUUUGCAGGAAAGAUGCAGUUACUGUUUUUGUUGUCAGUCGAACCCUAGACCCACAUACAGUCUGUCUGUCUACUCCAGCCAGUAGGGCCUAGAACUGUUGGUGUCGCUAUGGCGACAGGGCCUGCUCGCAAAAGAGAGAGGCCGCCGCCAUGUGAAGUGGGGCAGAAACAAUUUCUUAAAUGUGCAAAAAGCAAACUGGAACUUUAAUCCUCUUAGCUCGGCUGGCUAACAUAGCUUGUGAAUGGGACAGCAACUUGGGCGCUAUGCUAAUUUAGCCUAGACUGCAUCGUUUUUCAGUUUAUAAAGGCUAAAACCUCACCAUAUAGGUUACUGGCUGGAUGAUAUGUCAGCUAGUGUGUCAACAAUGCUUCUUCAAUAUGCUAAGCACACAAUUACAAGUUCAAAAGGGCAAACGAAACCGAGGAUGCUAUAUUUCAAACAAAGUGCUAAUGAAGCGUUAGCUAUACAUUGCUAGUACUUUUGGAUCACAUUCAAACUAAUCAUAAACAAACAUUAGCGCCAACAAGAAAAUUAUAUUAAAAACAUGGUUUUACACAGUGUCUAAUUCAUAUAAUCCAUUAGUCACAGAAACACAGUGGUUGCAGCCCCUUUAAUGAAUAACAUAUCAAAGCAUCCAGAUGGCUAUGAUGUUUAUAUUGCAUUGGAAGCAGAGUCAUUGUUGGAACAGCUAAAAAGCUAUUAUCCCUGAAGGAUUAGACUACUAUAGAUCCAGCUAAUCAUGGUUGGGUAACGAGCUGGCCCGCCUCCGACACUCCUAGGCUCCUAGACUUAGUUAGAUUUAGGGAAUUCACAAAAUUAGCCUCUGUUUAUUUUAACAGCAGUGAUGGCAGGUUUUUGGUUAGAACUUGAUUGGAUCAGCUUGUGUAGCCUCAUUUAGGAUAUUUUGGAUAUUAGUUCUACUCAAUGCAAUGCAUGUAACAAAAUGUGACAAGUGAACAUGGUUUGUGUUGAUAUAUCCAAAAUAGAGCUGUAAUUUUGUGGAUUAAGUCUGUUUCUGGAUAGAUGUAUAAUUCCUACUGUCACUUGGUUACAGUGUGUGAUAAUCAAUCAACUGCCACAUAUUACAGCCACAGCUUUUAGCAGCAGAUGUUUUUCAUACAGAAUUUAGAUAGUUUACAGAAUUUACAUAGUUCAAGAUUGCCUAUAUCAAAAUGUUGCGAAACACUGCGGUCUUGAAUGCAUCCCUUGUUGACUGUAUUUCCAUUCAUGGUUUCAGGGUGUUGUCACAUCAACAUUUGGCGGUGACCUGAGUGAAUGCUACACAACAACCCAGGCCAAUGGUGGCCAUCUUGCCUACCCAGAAGCCUCCGCUGGUACACAGAUCAAUGGGAAGCCGUCUCCUGAGGAGUUUGAGCACAUCAUUCGCUCCAUGGCUCAGGUAAAGAAAACAACAAAAUAUGUUUUAUUGUCACGUACACCAUAUAGGUGUGGUGAAAUGUGUUGUUUUAGUAGUACAGUGCCCCUGGAGCAAAUUAGGGUUAAGUGCCUUGCUCAAGAGCACAUCGACAGAUUUUUCACCUUUUCCGCUCUGGUAUUCGAACCAGCGACUUUUCAGUUACUGCCCCAAUGUUCUAAUGCUGGGCAUACACUAAACAAUGUUUGUAACCAAAUGCUUCCUGUAGUUGUUGAUCAGUCUCUCAUAUCACUGUGGAGGAAUUUUGGCCCACUCUUGCAUGCAGAACUGCUUUAACUCAGCGACAUUUGUGGGUUUUCAAGCAGGAACUACUAGUUUCAAGUCCUGCCACAACAUCUCAAUUGGAGUAGGCCUGGACUUUUACUAGGCCAUUUCAAAACUUCAAGUUUGUUGCUUUUUAGCCAUUUUCCUGUAGACUUGAUUGUGUGUUUUGGAUCAUAAUCAGAUAAUUAUACAGGAGAAUGUCAGGCCAUCCGUCUGUGAGCUGAAGCUGUAGUGCAGCUGGGUCAUACAGCAAGACAAUGAUCCAAAACACACAAUCAAGUCUACGUGAAAAUUGCAAAAAAGCAAAAAGUUGACGUUUUGGAAUGGCCUAGUAAAAGUCCAGACCUAAUCCCAAUUGAGAUGUUGUGGCAGGACUUGAAACGAGCAGAUCAUGCUUGAAAACCCACAAAUGUUGCUGAGUUACAGCAGUUCUGCAUGCAAGAGUGGGCCAAAAUUCCUCCACAGCGGCGUGAGAGACUGAUCAACAACUACAGGAAGUGUUUGGUUGGAGUCAUUGCAGCUAAAGUGUAAGGGGGCAAUUACUUUUUCACACAGGGGCAUUGGGUGUUGUAUAACUUUGUUCAUGAAAUAAAUUAAAUAAGUAUGUAAUUGUUGUGUUAUUUGUUCACUCAGGUUCCCUUUAUCUAAUAUUAGGUUUUGGUUGAAGAUCUGAUAAUGUUCAGUAUCAAAAAUAUGCAAAAGUUGAGAAAAUUAGAAAGGGGGCAAAUACUUUUUCACUAAGAGGCAUAUAUUUAAUUAUAUAGUUGAUUGUGUUUGUUUCUAAUCUGACUUUACUUUUGCACAAAUGCUGGCGGUGGUACUAUUUCUGUAGAAAUAUCUCCAGAAAUAUCUCUUGAUAAUCACAAGCAAGGCUGGUUACACUCACAGUCAAGCUAGCUAAAUAUUCAAAGACAUUCCAAUACAAGUGCGCUCUACACUACACACUCUUGAGUGACUUCAAAUAGACUUCAGAGGAGUGCGUGUGUCUUUGAUGCCGCUGUGAGAGGGGGUGAGGGGAGUGCUAAUGCUGAGUGUGUGUGUGCGUGUGUUUGUGUGUGUGUGUGUCUAGGGGCGCUACGUGACACACAUGGAGUUGGUGAAGCCGCUGUCUGGGGGCCUAGGCUUCAGCGUGGUUGGUCUGAGGAGUGAGAACCGCGGGGAGCUGGGCAUCUUCGUCCAGGAGAUCCAGCCCGGGAGCGUGGCCCACUGGUAUGGGAAAGUUAACAAGGGUCAUUCCCAGCUGAUAAAUCUGGUUGAAAUGAUGUAAUUAUAACCAGAAACCCAGUUUCGGCCCAGUUUUGGCCCAGUUUUGGCCACAAGGUCAACAGUUGAUUAUCUAAUGUUUUAGUAUCUCCCCAAAACCAUAGUUGGUGACUACUGACCCACGUCUUUUUCGACCUGCAUCUUUUUAUACAGUGAGAUUAUUCGCAGUUCUAAGAUUUACAGCCCAUCAGAUAAUCAGCUGUUGAAAAUCAACUAUUUAAGAAUGGACUUUGUUACACUGAAGCUGCAUCCUAAUGAACUAUGUUUGACUAGGGUAACAACUGAAGACUAUAAUUGAUAUCAUGUAGCAGAAUACAUUUGACCAGAAUACAUUUGACCAUGACAUGUUUCCCUCACAAAAUACAUGUUUUAUCUCAAUGCAGUUUACCAAUAUAAAUAAUAAACAAAUCCAUGAGAAUCAUCCUGUUCCCACAGUGAUGGGAAGCUGAAGGAGACAGACCAGAUCUUGGCCAUAAACGGUCAGCCCCUGGACCAGACAGUGACCCACCAGCAGGCCAUAGGCAUCCUGCAGAGAGCGUCUGAGUGCGUGCAGCUUACUGUGGCCAGAGGACCCAUCCCUCAGCUGGCCAGCCCCGUGGUGUCACGCACACCCUCCGCUGCCAGCACUCUGUCUGCCCACUCCAGCGCGGUGAGGAGAAUGCACACAGAGGCUUGUGGAAGCGUACACAUACAUAAACACACUAGCACACACAUACACACACAAACAAUGAACGCACUCACAUUCUGUACAUAUGCACACUAAGGUGUCCCACAUUCCCGGGGGAGCUAGCGUCAUGCAUGACCUCUCUAGUGUGAUGAGGAACACACAGAAACAAAUGCACCCCUCAUACACAGGCAGUUGUAUCAUGUUAGCUCACCGGGGAACACACACACACACACACACACCACAAUAUUCAAAUUCCGUCAUUGAGCACUUACUUAGACAUGCUUUGGCGACUGCUACGUUUUUUUUUUAAACCUCCCAUUUUGGGCUGGAUGUGUCAAUGUGUAGUUCAUACAUGCAUAAUCUAUGAGCAGAAUUACUGUCUUACCUCAAUUGGCCACAAAAUCCCUUGUUUGAAAGCGAGUGUCUUUCUGAAAGCUGUGCUGCGCCAUUUUCCCUUCAUUUUCCCCCAUGUGGGCCAGCCCCUUAGCAAUUCGAGUUCAAUCAAUGAGCUUCAGCCCCUCGCCAUUUGAGUGACAGCUAGCAAGAGGCACAUGUGGCACCCACAGCAGAGCGAGAGAGAGGGCAAUGACGUGGUGCACAUAUAUGACGUAGUACGCAAUUUUUGGGGACCACUUUUGGGUCGUGAGCACUACUUUCAGAACUACUGGCUAAAAAGUAUACAAAUGUACUGGAGAAUCUCUUUAAAUUAUUCAUUUUAGCUCCUAGUAGAGCAAAGAGAUUAAAGAGUGUAUCUCCAUUGAACCCUGUUCUAUGUAGUUUUCUUUACAUCCUUGCAGGUGGUUUCUGGAAUGAUGUUUCUUCAUUUCCUCUUCAUUAGUCCUUGUUGUUCUCCUUGCGGCCAACCUCUCUUUUACCCUGAGGGUUACACCCUAUAUAUAGUAUGAAUCCUGCAAUUAAUGUUUUGAGGUCCAUACAGUGCAUUCGGAAAGUAUUCAGACCUCUUGACUUUUUCAACAUUUUGUUACAUUACAGCCUUAUCCUAAAAUGUAUUAAAUUAUUUUCCCUCAUUAAUCUACACACAAUACCCCAUAAUGGCAAGGCAAAAACAGGUUUUUAGAAAUGUUUGCAAAUGUAUUAAAAAUAAAAAACAGAAAUACCUUAUUUACAUAAGUAUUCAGACUUUUUGCUAUGAGACUCGAAAUAUAGCUCAGGUGCAUACUGUUUCCAUUGAUCAUCCUUGAGAUGUUUCUACAACUUGAUUGGAGUCCACCUGUGGUACAUUCAAUUGAUUGGACAUGAUUUGGAAAGGCACACCUGUCUAUAUAAGAUCCCACAGUUGACAGUGCAUGUCAGAGCAAAAACCAAGUCAUGAGGUUGAAGGAAUUGUCCGUAGAGCUCCGAGACAGGAUUGUGUUGAAGCACAGAUCUGGAGAAGGGUACCAAAAAACUUCUGCAGCAUUGAAGGUCCCCAAGAACACAGUGGCCUCCAUCAUUCUUAAAUGAAGUUUGGAACCACCAAGACUCUUCCUAGAGCUGGCUGCCCGGCCAAACUGAGCAAUUGGGGGAGAAGGGCCUUGGUCAGGGAGGUGACCAAGAACCCGAUGGUCGAUCUGACAGAGCUGCAGAGUUCCUCUGUGGAGAUGGGAGAACCUUCCAGAAGGACAACCAUCUCUGCAGCACUCCACCAAUCAGGCCAGACGGAAGCCACUCCUCAGUAAAAGGCACGAUUACCCGCUUGAAGUUUGCCAAGAGGCACCUAAAGGGCUCUGACCAUGAGAAACAAGAUUCUCUGAUCUGAUGUUACCAAGAUUGAACUCUUUGGCCUGAAUGCCAAGCGUCACAUCUGGAGGAAACCUGGCACCAUCCCUACGGUGAGGCAUGGUGGUGGCAGCAUCAUGCUGUGGGGAUGUUUUUUAGCGGCAGGGACUGGGAGACUAGUCAGGAUCGAGAGAAAGAUGAACGGAGCAAAGUACAGAGAGAUCCUUGAUAAAAACCUGCUCCAGAACGGACUGGGGCGAAGGUUCACCUUCCAACAGGACAACGACCCUAAGACAACGCAGCAGUGGCUUCGGAACAAGUCUCUGAAUGUCCUUGAGUGGCCCAGCCAGAGCCCCGAACCCGAUCUAACAUCUCUGGAGAGACCUGAAAAUAGCUGUGCAGCGACGCUCCCCAUCCAACCUGACAGAGCUUGAGAGGAUCUGCAGAGAAGAAUGGGAGAAACUCCCCAAAUACAGGUGUGCCAAGCUUGUAGCGUCAUACCCAAGAAGACUAAAGGCUGUAAUCGCUGCUAAAGGUGCUUCAACAAUGUACUGAGUAAAGGGUCUGAAUACUUAUGUAAAUGUAUAUUUCCGUUUGUCUUUUUUUUGUAAAUUAGCAAAAAUGUCUAAAAACCUGUUUUUGCUUUGUCAUUAUGGGGUAUUGUGUGUAGAUUGAUGAGAAAAAUAAACAAUUUAAUCCAUUUUAGAAUAAGGCUGUAACGGAACAAAGUGGAAAAAGUCAAGGGGUCUGAAUACUUUCCAAAUGCACUGUAUCUGACCCUACUCUCUGUGUCCCUCCUUAGGCCCACUGGAAUCAUGUGGAGACCAUAGAGCUGGUCAACGACGGGACAGGCCUGGGCUUUGGCAUUGUGGGAGGAAAGAACACUGGUGUCAUUGUCAAAACCAUCCUGCCUGGAGGCAUCGCUGAUCAGGUGACUUCAAUGUCAUGGAUGCACCACACAUUGGUAUUUAGAGGAUGUGAAAGCAGGAAGCUUGGUUUUUGGAAGACAUACCUACUAGUAAUAACCAGUGACUUUUCUACUGUACUUUGUCCUUAGGAUGGGCGUCUGCACAGUGGGGACCACAUCCUCACGAUUGGGGACACUGACCUUUAUGGCAUGGGCAGUGAACAGGUGGCUCAGGUACUGAGACUAGGCUCAGUCUUGUAUUGAAUUGACUACAGAUAAUAAGACUUGACAAAAACGUCUACAUUUUAUCCCCUUUGUCCUAAUUUUUCUAUAGUUCUUUACAGUAUUGCCCUCAGGGACAAGUACACUGUUUACUGUGUAGUGCUGAUCUCAGUUGUAUUGUGAUUGGUCCAGGUACUGAGGCAGUGUGGUAACAGAGUGAAGCUGGUCAUCACCAGAGGCUCUCCAGAGGAGACCUCCACCGUCACAAUGGCGUUGCCCACUGUCACAGAGCAACAGGUACCACAUGCACAUGUUCUCUGUACAGCAGACACAAGACAAUUGUGUGUGGGUGGGUCGGUGGUUGCGUGGGUAGGGGAGGAAGGGGGGAGGAUUGGAGUGGUCUUAUUAGGUUAGUUGAAAUAGUAUAUUUACAUAUGACAUAGCUGUCCAUUAUAGAGGGCACAUGGUUCUGUCUGUUUUGUACUCUAUUUGUGACACGUGACAUCAUCUGUGACUCCAAAAGGCUUAGAACUGGAAUUCGCUGUCCAUUACAUUUACAUUUACGUCAUUUAGCAGACACUCUUAUCCAGAGCGACUUACAAAUUGGUGCAUUCACCUUAUAGACAGUGGGAUAACCACUUUACAAUAUGUUUUGUUUUCUUUCUUUGGGGUGGGGUAAGGGGGGGGUAGAAGGAUUACUUUAUCCUAUCCCAGGUAUUCCUUAAAGAGGUGGGGUUUCAAGUGUCUCCGGAAGGUGGUGAGUGACUCCGCUGUCCUGGCGUCGUGAGGGAGCUUGUUCCACCAUUGGGGUGCCAGAGCAGCGAACAGUUUUGACUGGGCUGAGCGGGAACUGUGCUUCCGCAGAGGUAGGGGGGCCAGCAGGCCAGAGGUGGAUGAACGCAAUGCCCUCGUUUGGGUGUAGGGACUGAUCAGAGCCUGAAGGUACGGAGGUGCCGUUCCCCUCACAGCUCCGUAGGCAAGCACCAUGGUCUUGUAGCAGAUGCGAGCUUCAACUGGAAGCCAGUGGAGUGUGCGGAGGAGCGGGGUGACGUGAGAGAACUUGGGAAGGUUGAACAACAGACGGGCUGCGGCAUUCUGGAUGAGUUGUAGGGGUUUAAUGGCACAGGCAGGGAGCCCAGCCAACAGCGAGUUGCAGUAAUCCAGACGGGAGAUGACAAGUGCCUGGAUUAGGACCUGUGCCGCUUCCUGUGUAAGGCAGGGUCGUACUCUCCGAAUGUUGUAGAGCAUGAACCUACAGGAUCGGGUUACCGCCUUGAUGUUAGCGGAGAACGACAGGGUGUUGUCCAUGGUCACGCCAAGGCUCUUUGCACUCUGGGAGGAGGACACAACAGAGUUGUCAACCGUGAUGGCGAGAUCAUGGAACGGGCAGUCCUUCCCCGGGAGGAAGUGCAUGUCCGUCUUGCCGAGGUUCAGCUUGAGGUGGUGAUCCGUCAUCCACACUGAUAUGUCUGCCAGACAUGCAGAGAUGCGAUUCGCCACCUGGUUAUCAGAAGGGGGAAAGGAGAAGAUUAGUUGUGUGUCGUCUGCGUAGCAAUGAUAGGAGAGGCCAUGUGAGGAUAUGAUAGAGCCAAGUGACUUGGUGUAUAGCGAGAAUAGGAGAGGGCCUAGAACUGAGCACUGGGGGACACCAGUGGUGAGAGCACGUGGUGUGGAGACAGAUUCUCACCACGCCACUUGGUAGGAGAUCGGUCAGGUAGGACGCAAUCCAAGAGUGAGCCGCGCCGGAGAUGCCCAACUCGGAGAGGGUGGAGAGGAGGAUCUGAUGGUUCACAGUAUCAAAGGCAGCAGACAGGUCUAGAAGGACAAGAGCAGAGGAGAGAGAGUUAGCUUUAGCAGUGCGGAGAGCCUCCGUGACUCAGAGAAGAGCAGUCUCAGUUAAAUGACCAGUCUUGAAACCUGACUGGUUUGGAUCAAGAAGGUCAUUCUGAGAGAGAUAGCAAGAGAGUUGGCUAAAGACGGCACGCUCAAGAGUUUUGGAGAGAAAAGAAAGAAGGGAUACUGGUCUGUAGUUGUUGACAUCGGAGGGAUCGAGUGUAGGUUUUUUGAGAAGGGGUGCAACUCUCGCUCUCUUGAAGACGGAAGGGACAUAGCCAGCGGUCAAGGAUGAGUUGAUGAGCGAGGUGAGGUAAGGGAGAAGGUCACCGGAGAUGGUCUGGAGAAGAGAGGAGGGGAUAGGGUCAAGCGGGCAGGUUGUUCGGCGGCCGGCCGUCACAAGUCGCAAGAUUUCAUCUGGAGAGAGAGGAGAGAAAGAAGUCAAAGCAUAGGGUAGGGCAGUGUGAGCAGGACCAGCAGUGUCAUUUGACUUAACAAACGAGGAUCGGAUGUCGUCAACCUUCUUUUCAAAAUGUUUGACGAAGUCAUCCACAGAGAGGGAGGAGGGGGGGAGGGGUAGGAGGAUUCAGCAGGGAGGAGAAGGUGGCAAAGAGCUUCCUAGAGUUAGAGGCAGAUGCUUGGAAUUUAGAGUGGAUUAUCACGCAGUAUUAGCCUUUACCCUCAUCAAAUAUUGGAUAAGUUCCAUCACUCACUGUCCCAAACUAGACAGUAUAUUCAGUCUCCAUAACCUUGUUGCUUGAUUCAUCAAAUAAAUAACAACUCAUCUGGCUGACAGUGAUGAUACAUAGGUGAGGAAAGCUUGUUGGGAAAUUGGUAACAGCGCGUGGAAUUGGGGGGAUUCGGCCCCCGCGACUCACCCCCUCUACUGUGCUCUCUGUAUGCCAUUUUGUAGAAUGUGGAAGCUGACUCACUCUUCCUCUGUCUCUUCACAGGGCUAUGAGGAAGAGGAGGCUGAAUCGUUCGACGUCGAGCUGACCAAGAACGCCCAGGGUCUGGGAAUCACUAUCGCCGGCUAUGUGGGGGACAAAAAUUCCGGUAAGAUUUGGCUGUGCUGUUUAAUAGGCUUUUGUUUGAUUUAUUUUCUAAUUGAUUCACUCUGUUUGAUGGAAUGAAACCACUUGAGAAGGAAUCGACUUUCAAGAGUCCCAUAGAAUGUCUGGAGCACUGAGCUAUGUAGUGACACUGCCUCUCCUUGUGAAAUGGUGAAUGUUUCUGACUAGAACCAUACACUGCAGAUACGGUUUGUCAGUUAAAGGGUGUCUUUUGUACUGUAUAAAUGGUUCUGCUCGUUUUAGGAAUGUUAUUCACACAUUGUCAUUGUGUCUUUUUUUCAGAGCCCUCUGGUAUUUUCGUGAAAAGUAUAACUAAAGACAGUGCAGUAGAGCAAGAUGGCCGCAUCCAUGUUGGGGACCAGAUCAUAGCCGUAAGUGUCUAUUUUAUAUAUUUUUACGGUCCUUUCUGACUCUAUUGAACAGAUAGAGGGAGUUCUGACUUUAUUGAACAGAUAGUUCUGACUUUAUUCAACUGAUAGAGUUCUGACUUUAUUGAACAGAUUAGAUAGAGUUCUGACUUAAUUGAACAGAUAGAGUUCUGACUUUAUUGAACAGAUAGAGAGAGUUCUGACUUUAUUGAACAGAUAGUUUUGACUUUAUUGAACAGAUAGAGAGAGAUACAGUAAGUUGACAGUGGGGAAAGAUAGAGGUUGUGCAGUAGGCAGGAUUCGAACCUAUGCCAACACCGUUUAUGUGUGCUGGAAGCAGCGGCCCUAACCACUAGACCAGGCCACAAUCCUCAACUUUUUAAAUAAUAUGAUAUGUACAUUUCAAUUCCAUUACAAAGUAUAAAAUUAAGUGUGUAGGGGUAUCUCUCAUUUUGGAUAAUUUUGAGCUUUAUCUAUUUAGAUCAUGUGGGGAGAGUACGGCCCCACAUUUGAAUAAUUUAGCUUCAGUGGAGAGCUAUUAUGUUCAGUGUUGUUUCUCGAAUGGGAUUGAGACACUGUUCCAAUCAUUACGCUAAAUUGAGCAAUUACAAUGAAUGCAAAACCCUUUCUGUGUUACAGCCUGAUUUGAAGCAUGAGCAAAUCUUCCAUCAUGUUUUCUUGUUGUUGGGUGCGAUCAUUUCUGUGUGUCUGCCUGUGUGUAUGGGUGUGUACGCACCUGUGUGCUUGCUUGCCUGUUUGUGUGUUGUCCUAUUGACUUGGAUAGAUGGCUCAUGUGGCAUAAAGUCUGUUUUAGCAUGGACAAAGCCCUCAAUGACAAUGACCAUGCUGGCAGAGAAGCCAAUAUGGCAAAGAUGCAAAGAAGAGCCCUCUGUCCAACACUAUGAUGUAUCCAUCAUCUUUACAUUAAUGAUCGCCCCCUGCAGGUGGACGGUAUGAACAUCCAGGGCUACACCAACCAGCAGGCCGUGGAGGUGCUGAGACACACGGGCCAGACGGUUCACCUGAAGCUGGUCAGAAGAGGCUUCCGUCCAGAGGACAUCCCACCCGCUGUGGUGCCCAGUGUGAUCGUACUUCCACCAACCCCAGGGGGCAGAGACCCCACACUGGAGAGAACAGAUGUUGCGGACACCACCGCUCAAGGUACCAGUGGACAAAGGGCGUGGGCCGUGUUCAUUGGGCACGGAAUGGAAGAAAACGGACUGAAACGGGGAGGGACUACCUUAGGGCUGUCCUCGACUAAAAUAUAUAUUGGUCGACGAGAAUUGUCUGUUCUUUCGACCAAACGAUUGCUCGAAAUUUUUAAACGUGUAUAUUUCCAUAUAUAGACACACCCUAUGUGUUUUAAUAAAAUCAACAAUAUGCACUGAGCUUGUCUGAUGCUUUAAGCACACUGUUUGAUGAAAUAAUUAAGACACACAAAUGACUAGAUUGUGCUAGGCAGGGCUCAGACUUGCUACACUGUGUGUGCUGUGUUAUUAAUUUUUUUACAGCUAGUGCCUGUGUGACUAGCACCUGUUGUCUCUCUCUCCUCCCUGCUGCAGCAACCACCACAGAACAUCAACAGUGUUUAUCGCGCAGUCCGUGUGGCUGAAGCUGCAACAUAAUUACAGCCAUUUCUGACUGAAAAGUUAUUUUACCGAAAUCCUUCAUUUCCUUCAUUCUCUCAACCAUUACUCUCUUUACAUGACACAUGUAAGCAUCGCAUGCACUUGACCAAUGGGGCCUGACCUAUGCCUAUCAUAAUCGCAUCAAUAAAUUGAUAAUAACAAACUCUGAACACCGUAACACGUGACAGCAAAAUGUAUGUGGAGGACGUGAAAAAGAAACUCGAAACUGAGGAAUGUUUACUGGUUGCUCAGGAGGGAAAGGGGAAGUCAGAUGUGUGGAAGAAAUUUGACUUAGUUGUGGAAACUACAGGAGAUCAAGAAAAAGAGGGAACGUAAGGAGCAAGCGCUGUGUGGAUAUUAUGUGUGCCAAACAGGCGCUGUUAGAAUACAAUAUAGUUUUUUUCUGACCAUCUGGAACAGUGUAAACAACACUAAAUAAAUUAUAAGCCUAACUUUUUUGUAAAGCCUUUAUUACAGCAAAGAGUAAAAACAGUCACAUGCAUUCAUGAAUGCAAUUGUCAACAUGGAAUGGUUUAGUUAUUGUUUAGGCUAAUUAUUCAAGGCUCCCUUUGUUAUGUCAUUUUAAAACUAAUGCUGUGUGAUGACAUGAACAAAAGAAUGAUUGAUUGGUACAGUAGCCUAUAUAUUGACAUAUAGGCCUAAGUAAGUUACGGUAUUAAGACAGCUAAACAGGAUGCGUUCUUAGGCCUACAGCUCGAUGGUGGUUAUACAAGGCUGCUAUACUAAGCCUACUAAUGAUAAUGACAUGACUUAUUAUUAUAAUGAUGAUCACAAUAAUAAUUGUAUUAAUAACAAUAAGAAGGAGAUGAAGAAAAAGAAAAAGAAGCAAGAGCUCUGUGCGUAUUAUGUGUGACAAACAGGUGCUGUUAGAUUACAAUAUUAUACUUUUUCAGACUAUUUGGAGCAGUGUAAACAACACUAAAUAAAUAAGUGAUACAAGAGAGGCUUUUCUAAUGAAAAAAAGUCUAAAGCCUUUAUUACAGCACAGCAAAGAUUAAAAACAGCAUAAUUUGUGAAAUUGCUUUAUCCGACAUGUUGUGGUUGCGUGAGGCUUGGAGCUCACGGAAUAAGUAGGCUAUUAACCAAACACUCAAACAGGCUACAGAAGCAGGAUCUGUCUUAUUCCUUAUUGUGCUCAACACCAAUAUGCUGGUUAACUUUUCUAUUAUGCACAUAGCAACAUGGUCUAGGAAAAGGCGCCAAUUCAACAGCGCACUGAUGUUUCAGAACCGUGGACAGCGACCGCUGUCCAACGCCGGAGAAAGCACAUUUGUUAUAAAAUAAUAUUAUUUGUAUUAAUGUUGCAUCAUUCUUCUUACAUAAUAUAACCAAAUACAAUUUCAGUAGCACAUGUCUUAGAGUGAUGGACUGUGCCGUCCGCACGGCCUCCGCAAUGGAUUAGUCCUCUUAGACAGGCGCGAAUCAGACAGGUGUCUUGUGCACCAUGAAGAAAACUAGCAUUUGCGACUGACUGCUCGACUAAAGAAAUCUAAAGAAAACAGCCUAUCGACCAAACAAUUGACCAGUCGACUGAAUGGGAUCAGCCCUAGACUACCUGGAUUUGUCCAAUAAAAUAAUUUCUGUUGCAAAGUGAUUUAAAACGUUUUCCGUGGCGUGCCCUAAUGAACAUGACCAUGGCAACUGCAUCUUUGAUUAACAGUCACAAAUACCUCCUAUAACAGUAGUCUAUAGUCAAGCAAAACACAGUGCAUAUAUUUAUUCCAUAUACAUUUACAUUUUUGUCAUUUAGCAGACGCUCUUAUCCAGAGCGACUUACAGGAGCAAUUAGGGUUAAAUGCCUUGCUCAAGGGCACAGGAGUUCGUACUCUAACAUUAUCCUUCAUUCAUACAUGAUUGAAAUGGACCUAUCCCCUAGACAAAAUCCAGAUUUACCUGAUUUCUAUGUAGUCCUGGUGCCAUAUGCAUCAAGUGUCUCAGAGUGCUGAUUUAGGAUCAGUUUUGCGAUGAUUAAGGUUACAUGGACAGGGAAGACCAGAUCCUAGACCAGUACUCAUAUAUUCUGAGAAGCUUGACACAUACAACCCCUGAUCACCUCCCUGGUGACACUGCAGGGCUGUGCCCACUUGACGACAGUCCACAUACCACAACAGUGGCCUACUUUAACGGCCUCCAUCUAUGUUAGGAUGGGAACGGGACUUGAUUGGGGUGGCCCCUUCUACUUAAACCCUCUCACCACAACCACAGCUCCAGAUUUAGAAGGCAGCGCCCUCCGCCCUGCUUUGGAAACCCUGAACUCAUUUAGCCUGUAAUUGGGCCAGCCUCUUAAGAACCCUAAGCGUAGGAAAAUGCAUGACAACACAUACUCACACGUGCACAGACACACACGCUUGCGCAGACUCACACACACUGCCAAUAAUAACACAACCCGUGACAACAUAGCCAGCAUGUUCGAAGCUGGAACCAGGAGGAACUAAAGCAGACUUCUACACAUGUUUCUGCGAUGUGUGUGUGUGUGUGUGUUUGUGUAUAUUAACCAUACAAGACACAAUGCACAACCCAUGACAUCAUAGCCAUCAUGUUUCAGGCUGGGAGCAAGAUAACACACUUGUAGAGCUCUUGGUUAAGUUGUGUGUAUGUAUUUAUUGACGUGUGUGUAUUGUGUACUUUGGUGCAGGUGAGAAACAGGACCAGGCAUUGAGUGAGGAAUCGGAUGUCACCACUGUGAAGGAUCAGUUAACUAAGAACACCAGAGAUGGUAAGUCAAUCCGCCCCCCUGUUAUCUGGGAUCCCUUACUAAGUAUAGUGGUAGAGAUAAUGGAUGGCAAUCUGUUUUAAAAUAUGCUACUGUCGCAAGGACUGAUUUUAGGCUACUGUCCAUUUGAAGAGAUUUUCUGUAGCCCUUUAUUUGGCUAGUCCAUCUGUAGAUGCUCAACAAACUAUCAAUGAAUGUCUAUAGAUGUUUUCUUUGUUGUAAUUCAACAGAAUUGACAUGUUUUUGAUCGUCUGUUGAGAGUUUGUUGAGCAUCUACAGAUGGACUAUCCAAUGAAGUGUUGCCACACAUUUCAAAUAUAUUGUGCAUGUGGAGCAUAAGGGUCUGUACAUUGUUUUUAUUACAUAAAAGGGUAGAUGAAAGAUGCCUUUGAAGUUAUUCUUAAAGUACUCUUUCAAGUAGUGUUUUUGGAGUUGUCUAACUGUAGCCUACCGCUUGCUGUGAGUCAUUUAGUCUGAAUCAGAUGGGACGUAGCAGUUGGUUGAAUGUACUGUAGGUUUCAUAGUUACGUUUUAAUUGGGUUAGUAUUAUAUUUCUGUGUUUUUAAGGAGCCAAGCUAACAUUGUGAGUCAUUUAGUUGUAAUCAGGUGGGACACGGCAGUUGGCUGAAUGUAAUUUAAACUUAAUAUUCUAUAAGUCUAUAUUAUAUUGAUGUUUUUAAGAAGCAACGCUAACAGAGGAUGAAGAGUUGGAACUGAUGAAGAAGUGGCAGGAGACUCUCGGCCCCAGCCACAAAGUAGCGGUUAGUAAACAGAAGAAACAUUCACCCAAGUCCAGUCUGUCUCUACUUAAUGAUACUUGGUUCUAUUUUUUCCUGUUUUAUACACAUUCUCUGGUUGCAGAAUAAAAACACUGUUGUAUUUGUUGUCAAUGGAAAAUGUCAAAAACAUUGGUCAUAAAAAUAACUCACCAACCGUAUUGCCACACUAUGUAAAUGUAAUACUGACUGUGAAAGGAAAAUGGAAUAAAAUGUGUGAAAGCUUUUUAUUUUAUUAUGCCAACUGAGUUGUAUCCACCUGUUGUGCCAGGUUGCCCAGGUGGAGAAGUUCAGUGAGAGCAGUGGUCUGGGCAUCAGUCUGGAGGCCAACAAUGGGCACCACUACAUCCGCUCUGUCUUGCCCGAGGGGCCAGUGGGCCGCUGUGGGAAACUCAUCAGUGGGGACGAACUGCUCGAGGUAAGGGACACCGCCAAUAGCGUAUUCAUUACGGAAACCGUUUACCGUUUAAGAACAAAAACGGAAGCAAACAGAGCAGAACAAGAGUUUCUAUUGGACAAAUUCAGGUAGGUCCCUCCUCGUUUUGUUCCGUUUGCUUCCGUUUAAGAAACGUUUAGCAACAGAAUCGGCGUAAUUAAUACGCCCCCGGUGAACAAGAGUUAGCCUGGAACUUACUUUAUGCACUAGUUCUUCCAUCAUUGAUAUCUAAUUGGAAGGUGCCUUAAUUCAUUGGAUGUGUUACAAAUGUGUUUUCACUACGCAAUGUAUUGCUGAAAACUAAAAACCUAGCCAUUUUGUUCUUGCAACAAAUGACCCUGAAAUAUUGCUAGGAAUAUUUGGGCACAGUGUCUCCUCUUCCACAUCUUCAUCAAAAACAUUUAGGCCGGGAUUAAAUCCGAUUGCGGGUUAUAGGAAUUGUGGGUUUUAAAUGCAAUUUCCGAUUGAGACGGAAUUUGCAGCGUUUACCGUGAAUGGGAUCUCCGCAAACACGGGAACAUUGCCUUUAAAAACCGCAAUGCUUAUAACCUGCGAUCGGAUUGAAUCCCAGCCUGACACAAUAUGAGUGUUGACCAUUGGAUGUGUGGGUCCACCCCUCUCCAUCCAGGUCAAUGGAAUAUCCCUGAUUGGUGAGACCCACAAGGAAGUGGUGAACAUUCUGAAGGAGCUGCCUGUCUGUGUCUACAUGGUCUGCUGUAGGCCCGCCCCUCUCCUUCAGAGUGACAGGGAUUCUGGCCAAACAGGGUUGGAUGAAUUUUCCACUGAACCUAAAAUGAAGGUACUUUCCUACAUGUCCAUGUACAGUAUAUGCUAUUGACAUCACCAUUAUUACAUCAUUUUGAAACGGUUAACGUUCCAGUAACUAUUAUAGUCAUAGCAUAGCAUAGUCAUUACUUACCAGCCUCCACAUAAUGUAGUCUAACAUGCAUGGUUGGGGUAAAUUCAUUUUUCAACCAUAAAAUUCAGUAAUUUCAGCAAAUGAAUAAAAAACUGAAUGGGAAGCCAGAAAGCCCUUCACAAAAUGGUGGCUGCUGGACAUACAGUAGCUCACAGUAAACAGUGUUUCCUCCACCCCUUGAUACUGAAUGGCUAAUAUGAUUGGGAAUCAACGUCAUUAAGUCCUCCUACUUCACUCAUCCACCCUCAUUAUUUUAACACAGUCUGUCCAAUGCUCUGCCGGGCCUCCAGAUUGCCAACGAUAAAGGAUUAAGAUUUAGGAUUAGGAAGGACUCUGACUGUUUAUUAACACCAAUCCAUCUAAAGUAAUACCUCAGGUACUUUGACAAUGCAUGAGAUACAAGAGAUAGUAGCCAGGGAGCUACACAAAACUAACCUUCAAAGGAAUCCUGCUUUCAGAUGAUUUUAGAGGGAUUUCUCCUCAGCUCUUCAGCUGCAUCAGUUCAGGUAAAAAACACAACAUACAGCACUUCUACUGCCUAGCAUCCAACGAUUCCCUUUGAUGUGCUGCCAAAAAACCUACAAAAUGAGACUAGCGGAGAACCAGGAGCCUAUGGGCUCGGAGUGAGUCAGGAAUGCGUGCGCAGGGAUGAUAUCAAGGGUAUAUCUCUGUAGUUACAGGGAGACCUCAACAGUUUCCUGGUUCCCGGAGGUUCCGAGGGGGCGGCAACGAGGGAAAAUGUGACGGAGGAGACGCUGGGCGCUCCUUUGGCCAUGUGGGAGACGGAAAUACAGGACAUCGAGCUGGAGAAGGGAGAGAGUGGACUGGGAUUCAGCAUCUUGGACUACCAGGUGGGAAUUCUGAAUGGGAAUUCUGGGAAUGAUUGUCAUAGGAAUGAUACUUGCUAGCAGGCUUGGGGAGUAACGACUUCCAUGUAAAAAAAAACAAAAAAAACUGUAACUGUAAUCCGUUACAUUACCAGCGAAAAAUUGUAAUCAGAUAACAGAUACUUUUGAAAAAAUUGAUGAUUACUCUCAUUUAGCUACUUGCACCUUAUAGAUUGUGGUUGUUGUGGAUGGCUGUUCACAAAUGUAAGCUAUAUGAGUAUUUUAACCCAAUAAUGGUUGAAUUGAAGAAGUUUAAGCUGCCUACCAAGCAUUGUUUUUGCGACCAGUGGACAGACAGUGAAAAAUGCGCUCUUGUAACAGCUGCAUAGUGCAGAUCCCAUCCUUUGGAAUGAAAGUUUGAAGGAGUUGCUACCAACUCCUCCAUGGUAUUGCGUUCCAUACUGUGGGGCUUUUAUUGCUAAAUCUAAUUUGUGCUGAUUGAAAAACAAAUGUCCAUAGGCCUAAUAGACACAUCCUCAAACUUGCACCCUUUUGAUAGACUUAAACAGCUGCAAAUGAUCAAGUAAUCAAAGUGUCACCAACAAAAAAACGUAAACAAUAGGCCUAUAGCAAAUGCAGCCAAUGGCAUACAAAUAGCACUUUUCAGUAGUGCUCAAAGCAUGCUAUUCUAUGAGAGCAGCAUUUCUCGAAGCAAUGAGCCCAAUCAGUCCUCCAUGACAACAAAAUCAUAAACAAAAGACUAGGCUAAUAAGUCUGUAGUUUGGUGUUAUGCUCAGGUAAAACAAUUGGGCUAAUCUAAACUUAGCAAAAAAAUAAACAUCCUCUCACUGUCAGCUGCGUUUAUUUUCAGCAAACUUAACGUGUAAAUAUUUGUAUGAACAUAACAAGAUUCAACAGCUAAGACAUAAACUAAACAAGUUCCACAGACAUGUAACUAACAGAAAUGGAAUGAUGUGUCCCUGAACAAAGGGGGGGGUCAAAAUCAGAAGUAACAGUCGGUAUCUGGUGUGGCCACCAGCUGCAUUAAGUACUGCAGUGCAUCUCCUCCUCAUGGACUGCACCAGAUUUGCCAGUUCUUGCUGUGAGAUGUUACCCCACUCUUCCACCAUUAAUUGUAAUGAAUGGAAAUAUGACCGACAUUUUUUAAUUUUACCCCCUUUUUCUCCCCAAUUUCGAUCUUGUCUCAUCACUGCAACUCUACAACGGGCUCGGGAGGCGAAAGUCGAGUCAUGCAUUCUCCGAAACAUGACCCGCCUAACCGCUUCUUAACACCCGCUCGCUUAACCCGGAUGCCAGCCGCACCAAUGUGUCGGAGGAAACACCGUUCACCUGACGACUGAGGUCAGCCUGCAGGUGCCUGGCCCGCCACAAGGAGUCGCUAGAGCGCGAUGAGCCAAGUAAAGCCCCCCCGGCCAAACCCUCCCCUAACCCGGACGACGCUGGGCCAAUUGUGCGCCGCCCUAUGGGACUCCCGAUCACGGCCGGUUGUGAUACAGCCCGGGAUCGAACCCGGGUCUGUAGUGACGCCCCUAGCAAUGUGAUGCAGUGCCUUAGACCGCUGCACUACUCGGGAUGCCCGACUUUGGUUUUUAAUGUAAAGAUAUAGCCUAAUCGUAUUAUUAUAUGUAGUAAAAAAAGAUGGGUUAGAAGAAAACCAUCCCAUAAAGUAAAAUGCAACAGCCGUUUAUGGCAAGCUAUGUAAACUCUAUCCUGCAAUAGAUGUCAUUCAAUUGGUAUUGUUCAUUUUUGUCUUCUUCAAAUGCCUCUUAAGUAAUCCGAUUACGUUACUGAGUUUGGGUAAUCCCAAAGUUACGUUACUGAUCACAAUUUUGGACUGGUAACUAGUAACUGUAACUGAUUACAUUUAGAAAGUAACCUACCGAACCCUGCUUGCUUGUCAAGUGUGAUUUUUCCCAAAUUAUAGAAUUUACUUAUUUACUUAUUCACUUCAAUUAGUUGUCAUUGUAGGUCGUUCCUGUCUUCUUACUUUGGGAGGUCAUUUGAGCUUUUGGACCGUUGCCCUCUGGGAAAUUAAGUUAAACAAAUAGCAUAAUUGACUCAUUACGCUGUAAUGUGCUGUAUUUUUUAAACUCAAUUGCUUACUCUUAGUUUUGAACACCUGAUAUACAGAACAUUCAGAAUAAACAAAUCCUCCAACUGAAAGUACAUAAUACAUUUGAGUCCUUUUUGUAUAAGAUUAUCUGUCGAGUGCGUCCAUUGACUUCACUGACACGGAUCUUGUAAUAGGACCCAAUGGAUCCGGCCAAGACGGUGAUCGUGAUUCGCUCUCUGGUGCCCGAAGGAGUGGCCGAACAGGAUGGCAGGCUUUUGCCAGGCGACCGGCUCAUGUUCGUCAACAGCACCAACCUGGACAACGCCAGUCUGGAGGAAGCCGUCCAGGCACUGAAGGGGGCCAACAUCGGCAAGGUUCACAUUGGGGUGGCCAAGCCACUGCCUGUAAGGAAACCCUAUUGUAAUGUUUGUCCUACAGAGAGGCAGGUGUGUGUGUAUUUGUGUGUGUUUGUGUGUGUGUGUGUGUGCAGGGAGGGGGGGGGUGGGUGUCGGAGUGCGAUGUGUUCUGUGUGCCCAUGUGUGUGUGUGUUCUGUGUGUGUGUUAUAUGUAUGUGAGCGUUUGUGUGUGUGUGCGUUUUCUCUCCGGUCUGUGGACAUCCAAUAAUGAGGGCUCAUCUUACAGAUGGCUUGAAUAUUUCAUGCUGAGAAGGCAGUGGAGUUAGGCUGCAUGCUGACUCAACUCCAAUCUCCCUGACAACAGCAUAAGGCAGCACAAACAUUCCUGCCCUUUGUGUCAUAUUGCUUUAUUAUUGCAGUUUGAGGCAGCUGUCAAAAAAAGGGGUUGUCCACAAACACAUUCACCACCUGAGGGAUUUCUAGUCAGUUUUCUGUGAAAAUUGGCCGCAUUCUUUCAGCUUUAAAGUUAUAUUUCUCUCUCUUGGGCUUGCCAUUAUGAUGAGAACAUACAGUAAGUUCUGGUUCUGGGAUGUCAAGGUUAUUGUAGGUCAGUUGGAUUACAUUGUCUUUGGGAAGCCUCUGUGGAGUUAUCAAGCUCUCCUGCAGCUCCUGGAAUGUAGGGGGGGGGGGGGUUGUUGUAUUGCUUCUCAAAAUGGAGUUUGAUCCUCCAAUACCUUCUCCAAUUUCUCCCUCUCUCUGGGCUCGUACUAGACAAAAUCAAGAUCAAAAGGUCCUUUUAAAGCAAAGCUGUGGCAACACCUUUGGAAAUCGAAUAGCCAAGUAUAACUUUUUACCUUAGUCUGAGAUUCAGCCCGUGAUUCCUAACUACAGACAAAACCAUGGAAACCAAAAUAAACCAUUAAAACUCACAUACCUUUUGCUACUAACAACCUCAAUUAGAUUUCUUAACAACCCAACUACAAUCAUAUUUGACUUGAAAUUUGAAACCUAUAGACAAUGAUUGGAAUUUCCUUCCGGAUAUUUCCCAUUUACUGCCCUGUCUCCACAGCCGUACAUUGAAGAGGGCAGUCCGUCGUCAUCCUCAGGAAUCCAUUUCUUUUUUUUUCUUCAACACUCUGCGGGUUAAAGUGAGCGAAUGAGGAGGGCCACCUUUUCCAGGCAGAGCCUGCAUUGGUUAGUCGUAGUUGGGGACAAGUACAAAAUAUGUACUGUUGUCACAACUUCCGCAGAGGCUGCCUCCCCUCCUUGUUCGGGGCAGGCUUCGGCGUUCGUCGUCACCGGCUUACUAGCCACUGCCGCUCCAUUAUUCAUUAUUCCAUUUGUCUUGUCUUGUCAAUCACACACACCUGGUUCUUAUCCCCUCAUUAGUCCGUGUAUACGUGUUCCCUCUGCCCCCCUUGUCCUUGUGGGUGAUUGUUUAUUUGUGAGAGUAGUGUAGCUCGGUGGAGCUACUCGUACCUUGUUAUUGCCGGGGUAGAUAUUUCCCCUGUGCCUGUUAUUGUUGGAGCUACUGUUCCUUGUAUUACCAGGGUAGAUUUUCCCCUGUGCCUGUUUCGUUUGUCGCUAUCCAGCGCUAUUUGUGUACAACGGAAUAAACUCUGCGUUCGGUGAUUCCCCUCCUGCGCCUGACUCCUUCUAUCACACUCAUCACAACUGUAUUCACAAAAAAGUACAAAAAGUACAAAAAAUGUAUGCGCUCACUACUGUAAAUCGUUCUGGAUUAGAGCGUCUGCUAAAUGUCUAAAAUGUAAAUGUAAAUCAACCAAUGAAAUUGAGGGACAAGAAAAACAACCAAUCAAAAUUAAAGACACAAAUUUAAUGCGUAACUCUACAGUAUCUAAUCAAAAUUGAGCCACAAAAAACAAGACAAACAUUUUAUGGAGUAUCACUCGACUAAACACUCUGAGAAACAAUGGAAAAGAGCAACAAUGUCCAAUAUCGGAGUUAGAAUAUCCUUUAGAAAUAGCUCUCAUGGCACUAACACAGCUAUCUGUGAAUGGAUAGCUCAUCCAUGGCAUAGAGAGAUAUAUUCACCAUCUAAUUCACUACAUUCACAUUCUUUGGUGCAGAUUGACUCCAAUGAGGUAGACCUGACCGAUGAGAGGGCAUUGGAGCAUCGCUUCUCUGGUGAGGAGGAUGACACCUUCCAGGCAUCCAUGAUCGCCCUUCACGGCAGCACCUGCAUCGCCGACCUGGACUACCAGACUACCUUGCAGUCCUCCACACCCAAGGUAGGCCAACAAAUGUGCACUGUGGCUAGCUGAGUCCAUUUUAAAGCCAUUACAGUCAGCAAUUAUAGAAAGCUUGUUACAAUGCAAAAAAAAAGUACUAAUUUGUUUGAAUUUCAUUGAAGCAAGCUGCUGCCCUUUUCACUAAGAAAACUCCUCACGUAAUCAAAAUAAGUUGCUUAUUUUACCAUACGAGGUUGACAUUAGAAGUGCUGUGCUAUAAUUGUUUGACUUCUUCAAACUGUCAGCUGUAUUGAAGUGAUAAAAUGUUUAUUUAGUUUUUAACCCCUUCUUUGUAUGUAUUUUGCUUGUUUUUGUCUCACAUUUUGCACAAGCUUAUAGAUCAUUGUCACUCCCCAGAGUCCUACCCCCAGAGUCCUUAUGUAUUUCUGCUUGCUGCAGUUGUUCCACAGUUUCCUAAUCCUAGGGAUUUCUUUUUCCAAGUUCUAUUGUGCCAUCUCAGAUGCUUAAGGAAUCCCUGAAGAGAUUCAUCGCCGUACAGUCCGGGUCUCGUUAAUUAUAUCUAGGGAGAUAAUAAAGAGAUAUUUGGUGCAUCGUGCAGGAUAAUCUGUACUGUAAUCAUCGCUAUUCCCCGUCAGCUGCUGAUGGCUUUUCAAUGGCUCAUUAGGAGUGCAGAACCGCGACAGAGGUAGAAACUAACGAGGUGUAACCUCCAUUUCGACUCGUCAUUUUUUCUUCUUCUUCUACAUAGCGGAGUGCUCGCCUGGACUUGUUGACUGAGCAUCCCUUCGUAACGUUGUCCGGCCUUGCGGACGACACCGAACCCUUCUCCCCGGAGGAGAAGCCCAUCGCUUUCCCCCCAACCAGGAGUAUCGGAGGUCACGCCCUAGCGAUAGACAACAACGCACUAACUAGCUCCGAUCAGUACCUGGCGCAUCACUUAACACAAAUGGAGCCGUUGGAGAUGUCGAACUCCUACAGUCCGUACACUGACCCUGAGCCCGGUUUGAAUGAUAUGGGGGAGCCGGUGCAGUCUCUCCAUUUUCAGGUGGAGCCCACCAUGGCCGUUGGGGACAUAGGGGAGAUGGAAGGCUUAAUGAAGGUAAACAAGCCUUCAUCUGAAGAGCUGUGCCAUCUGUCGCUUUGCCAUCGAAUGUAAUUGAGUGUGCCUCGUAUUCAAACAGACAUGAGUAAAUCGGUCAUCAGCAAUGCUCAGGAAAUUGAAAUGAAACAAGUUAUGUUUAACCCAUGUCGAAAUGCACUGGACUGAUCACAGGCCAAUGUGAAAUUGAUAGCAUUUUUUAGAAUAAUGAUAACUCAUCCAGUUUGAAACAUUCUACUUUUUACUAGAAUCACAUUUCUAGGUAUUAAUUACUUGCCCAAGGUAACGGCAUAACAGAAAAUAUUUAAAGAUGAGUCCUCCUUACCUUGUAUGUUUGAUUCCCUGGCCCUCACUAAUCGUUUCCACCUAACCUCCCUGGUAAUUUACAGUGAGGGAAAAAAGUAUUUGAUCCCCUGCUGAUUUUGUACGUUUGCCCACUGACAAAGAAAUUAUCAGUCUAUAAUUGUAAUGGUAUGUUUAUUUGAACAGUGAGAGACAGAAUAACAACAACAACAAUCCAGAAAAACGAAUGUCAAAAAUGUUAUAAAUUGAUUUGCAUUCUAAUGAGGGAAAUAAGUAUUUGACCCCCUCUCAAUCAGAAAGAUUUCUGGCUCCCAGGUGUCUUUUAUACAGGUAACGAGCUGAGAUUAGGAGCACACUCUUAAAGGGAGUGCUCCUAAUCUCAGCUUGUUACCUGUAUAAAAUACACCUGUCCACAGAAGCAAUCAAUCAAUCAGAUUCCAAACUCUCCACCAUGGUCAAGACCAAAGAGCUCUCCAAGGAUGUCAGGGACAAGAUUGUAGACCUACACAAGGCUGGAAUGGGCUACAAGACCAUCGCCAAGCAGCUUGAUGAGACGGUGACAACAGUUGGUGCGAUUAUUCGCAAAUGGAAGACACACAAAAGAACUGUCAAUCUCUCUCGGCCUGGGGCUCCAUGCAAGAUCUCACCUCGUGGAGUUGCAAUGAUCAUGAGAACAGUGAGGAAUCAGCCCAGAACUACACGGAGGAUCUUGUCAAUUAUCUCAAGGCAGCUGGGACCAUAGUCACCAAGAAAACAAUUGGUAACACACUACGCCGUGAAGGACUGAAAUCCUGCAGCACCCGCAAGGUCCCCCUGCUCAAGAAAGCACAUAUACAGGGCCGUCUGAAGUUUGCCAAUUAACAUCUGAAUGAUUCAGAGGAGAACUGGGUGAAAGUGUUGUGGUCAGAUGAGACCAAAAUCUAGCUCUUUGGCAUCAACUCAACUCGCCGUGUUUGGAGGAGGAAGAAUGCUGCCUAUGACCCCAAGAACACCAUCCCCACCGUCAAACAUGGAGGUGGAAACAUUAUGCUUUGGGGGUGUUUUUCUGCUAAGGGGACAGGACAACUUCACCGCAUCAAAGGGACGAUGGACGGGGCCAUGUACCGUCAAAUCUUGGGUGAGAAUCUCCUUCCCUCAGCCAGGGCAUUGAAAAUGGGUCGUGGAUGGGUAUUCCAGCACGACAAUGACCCAAAACACACGGCCAAGGAAACAAAGGAGUGGCUCAAGAAGAAGCACAUUAAGGUCCUGGUGUGGCCUAGCCAGUCUCCAGACCUUAAUCCCAUAGAAAAUAUGUGGAGGGAGCUGAAGGUUCGAGUUGCCAAACGUCAGCCUCGAAACCUUAAUGACUUGGAGAAGAUCUGCAAAGAGGAGUGGAACAAAAUCCCUCCUGAGAUGUGUGCAAACCUGGUGGCCAACUACAAGAAACGUCUGACCUCUGUGAUUGCCAACAAGGGUUUUGCCACCAAGUACUAAGUCAUGUUUUGCAGAGGGGUCAAAUACGUAUUUCCCCCAUUAAAAUGCAAAUCAAUUUAUAACAUUUUUGACAUGCGUUUUUCUGGAUUUUUUUGUUGUUAUUCUGUCUCUCACUGUUCAAAUAAACCUACAAUUAAAAUUAUAGACUGAUCAUGUCUUUGUCAGUGGGCAAACGUACAAAAUCAGCAGGGGAUCAAAUACUUUUUUCCCUCAUUGUAGAUGACCUCCAUCUCAUUCUGUCGCUAUUAUUCAUUUUUAAUGUUGUUCUUAAAUGUUGUACCUCCAUAGAAAAUAUUUUCUAAUUUGUUUCAUGAAUACUUUUUAUUGAAUCAUUAUUCUCAAGGGAAAUGAGCCAUCUGUAAAGCAGUCGAAAGAGGAAGGGGACGAGGUUAUAACCACUGGCAGUCAUUUUGAAAGGACAAUCACCGUUGUUAAGGGCAAUUCCAAUCUCGGUUUGUAUUAUUUAUUUGGCGAUAUGUUGUAUAUUGAUGAGAAAUUGUUGUGAAGAGAACAGCCUUCACUAUCAGUCUUUCCUCUUUGCACCCCUUAAUUGUAUAUAAAUAAACAAAAUAUCUGAUUAUGCUUUGUGUCUGUUAGUGUUGUCGGAUAUUACUUAUUAAAUGCGUUACACAUAAUUGUGGGUAAAGGUUUUACAUAUAGGUUCCAGGUCUUUGGGAAUGUUGUGCAUUUUGUCUUUGUAUCUACCUUACAGGGAUGACAGUGAGCUCCAUCAAGGAUGGCUUGGGGAUGUACAUCCGCAGCGUCAUCCACGGAGGUUCCAUCAGCCGAGACGGCCGUCUGGGGGUGGGGGACCUAAUCCUAGUCAUCAACGGCGAGCCCACGGCCAACCUGACCAACGCCCAGGCCCGCGCCAUGCUCCGGAGACACUCCCUCAUCGGGCCAGACAUGGGGUAAGGACCAGGACUAGGGGAACAUGUUCAGUGUUUUGAUACCUUGUCCAUGGAAACCUGUUUUAUAUGGUUUCGCUAUAGGCCUUCAUUCAAAUUCCCACCUACUUCCAACACAUACAGUGCAGAUUUCACAUCAAGUAUAUUCUCCCUAGAUUUCCUACACAUUGAUACGCACUCCUUUUAUGUUACAAUGUAAAGUCAGAGAGGAUAAUAUUGUGGAGACCGAAACCCAAAACUUUCAUUUUCACUUCCUCUCUACACACAUACAUAAACACACCAUGAUACAGUCAGAUAAAUGGCACCUGACAUCACACUAAAUAAAUGCCCCUUGAUCAAAUAUGGUCCUUUUAUUUUUAUUUUUCUGAAUGAUUUGGUUGCUUUUUCUAUAGCUUAUGUGUACAAAAAUGAUCAAGUGAAUCAUUGACUUAAACUUUGUAGUGUAUGGAAUUUGGGUAAAUUGCUCCCAGUUAUCCUAUUAAGGCUAUUUGUUCUGCAUCUCUCGUAGAAACAGUUUAUCUUCUCAUUUUACAUCUCCCACACAACAGCUAACUGUUUUACCAAACCAUCCAAAUGCACAUUUAAUUGAACUGAAUUGAGAUGACGAAUACACAUACCUCACAAACUAGUGUGACUGGCCUUGUCUAUUAGUGUAGCAGGGUUUUGUUACUUGUCGUGUUUUUUGUGGACCCCAGGAAGAGUAGCUGCUGCUUCUGCAAAAGCUAUUGUGGAUCCAAAUAAACAAAUAAAUAAACAAACAUAAGAAAUAAACAAAUAGAAAUAAACAACACCUUUUAAUGAAUCAUGUAGUAGAAAGUGUGUUAAGGAGCUCACAGUUUUCUUUUAGCAAUGCUCUUAUCGUCGAUAGUGGGAAAUGCCAUUGUAAUCCAGUGUUGUGAGUCUUAAUAUCCCUUAGAAGUUUUUCAUUCCAAAGCAUGAUAGCAUAUAGGCUACCGUACAUACAUUUCUGAUGAACACCACCAAUUGAGUACUGCAGGCUACAUGAAGGUAGGACUUCCAGUCAUGGAAAAGCUUCCUACAGCAUUUGGACUGUCCUAGCACAGACGCUCAAUGGUGAAAUUUGAACAACUCACUAAGGCCUUUUACUUUCCUAAAUUGUAUUCUCUCCAUGUAUUCGAGGGAAGCUACAUUAAAGUCUGGGGCAACAUCAUUUCCGGUAUCUCAAGUCUUGCUUGCUUAAUGCUAAACGUGUCAGUACAUUCCAGUAUGUUAGCCAUGGUGCAUAACAUCCUCUUCACCUUCUAGAUCUGCUUGUGCGCCAGAGGACGAUCUGUGCCCCUUUUAUGUGUGAGUACCGCUAACUCCCACGCUGACGGGUGUGCAACCAAAAUCUACCACUGAUUUGUUUCCUCUCUGUACACAUUUUCUCACCAUCUACAUCUGAGUCUCAUCACCUGUCCGUGGUAGGGAGUUUUAUCCAGAUCUAGACAUUACAACACAUACUGUAAAUCAACCAUACUGUAAAUCAACCAUACUGUAAAUCAACCAUACUGUAAAUCAACCAUACUGUAUAUCAACCAUACUGUAAAUCAACCAUACUGUAAAUCAACCAUACUGUAUAUCUAUCAUACACAAACCUUAGUUUGAACAGUUAAGUUCUUUGCUUUCUCUUGGAGCAAAAUAGAACAGACUUCUUAGCUAAAUGCACUGUUACCGCUUACUCAUUAAUAAUCAAAUAAUGUUGAAAUCUAUGGAGAUUACAAUUCACCAGAUCAGAUAAUAAUAUAGGCUACAUACAGCACAUUGACCAUAGGUAAUCACUGCUUUGCAGAUUUUUGAAAUACAACAUAUUUCAUAUCGCCAAUACCAACACCGACAUACUGUAUCUCCUAAACCAUUUUCUUUGGUGUGACAGCAAAGCUUCUGCUGGUGUCCAUACGCACAGCUAGUCUAGUUAACGCAGUCCCAACACACAGUCAAUGUAUCUGGAUAAAUCUCUCACUGGACUGCACCACUAACCAUGUUUAUUUUAACACUUCACCCUUAACACUUCAUUGCCAUGCCUCUCUUGGACUACGGGGCAUGCAGGUCCAUUUGUGUGGGGUGAUAAAGAUCGAUUUUGCACUUUUUUGUCUGUGCUGUAUCCAUCCCAUCACACACUAAUUCACUUAUUCCUUCCUUCAUCUGUUUUUGGAGGCAUUUGAAUUGCUAUUUGAUUCAAGUACCUCAGUGUCUGUAUGUCCUAAUGUUGAAGUAUGACUCAAUCCAUCAUUGUUAGAUCUGUCAUCUUCACUCAAAUGUGUGUGUGUGUGUGUUUUAGAAUCAACUACUGAUGAAUAAUUGCUCGAAACUGGGCCUACCAAAGCAGACCUAUGCGCUUUUCUACUCCCUUUCAUUCAAUUCUUAAUCAUUUGGAAUGUCUCUACUGUUCCAGUAAAUUAAGAAUUGGUGUUCCAAUUGAUGUUCCCUUCAAAACUCCAUGACAUAUUUUGGAAAGAAUUCCCGUACUCAAUCCAUUGACGGCUCACUACAUUAUUCAUGAAUGGCUCACCUUGGGCUCAUGAUAGGCAGAAUGUUCAUUCCUUCCCCUUCUGCAAUCUUGUGCCGCAGAGUUAAAUUGGACGGGGAGGAGAACAACAGGCGUGUUCCUGAAUGUGAAUUAGACGUCUAUGAAUAAAUAAAAGACUGUUUUGUAAAAGGGCUCUUUCUGACAUAUCGGGUUGCAUAUGAAUGGAGGCACUUCCACUCUAAUGCUUUGUUAAACGAUCAUGUCAUUCCUAAUGAUGAAUUCUGACACAAGGUUGAACUCCUGUGUCAUAUGUUUAUGGAUAGGAUAUAUAUUUUGGGGGUAUUUGUAGUGAUGAUGAGAAAUCUUGGUCAGGUUGAUGUUAGGAGGAGUCUGCUGAGGCUCAUUGGUGUGUAUGCGUACGUGUGUGUGUUCUCAGCAUUACGUAUGUCCCUGUGGAGUAUCUGGAGGAGUACAAGACUAGCCUGGAGCAGCCUAAAGAUUACGUCUUCUCUGAUGCACCUCCGACCCCAAAGUAAGCUCAAACUUUAUAAAAGCAAUACAUUUAUAGAAAGGUAUUUUCAUAACGAUGCCUUGAGUAAACUUAUAUGUUUUUGUUUUCCAGCAUAGACCAGCUUUCACAACAUUAUUUUGUUGAACUCCAGACAAAACAAGUCGAUGAACAAACCAUCAGACAAGUUAUGGUUUAAAAUUGGUUGUCUCUUUGCAGAAGAGAAAUCCCAGAACUCCCUGAGCGGGAGGAUGGAGAGGGAGAGGAGAGUGAGCUACAGAGCACCACCUUCAGUAACUGGAACCAGCCCACGAAGUGAGUAGGAACUUGGACCAGAACAUAGAGUUGAACAACAUGCCCUUGCCACAAAGCCUGUUUUAGCAUGGGCAGCGCCAUUGAAGGCUUUCACUAUUUUAAAGUAGUCAACUGGGUGCAAUGUCCUAUUGGUUAAGAAGUGAUAAUAGCAAUGAUAGGGGGCGUACCCUCUUUCCAACUUUAAUGUUAAAGAAACAAAGCUGAUUGGGUAAAUAAAUAAUAAGCAGUGUUUGGACAGCAAGCCAAGGUUUAAACACCCCUGGUUUAUGGAAUUAGUUAUACCGCUUUGGAACGGAGCUAGAGCCUGCAUAUAUAUACAGUACCAGUCAAAAGUUUGGACACAACUACUCAUUCAAGGGGUUUUCUUUAUUUUUCAAAUUUUUUACAUUGUAGAAUAAUAGUGAAGACAUCAGAACCAUGAAAUGACACAUAUGGAAUCAUGUAGUAACCAAAAAAGUGUUAAACAAAUCAAAAUAUAUUUUAUAUUUGAAAUUCUUCAAAUAGCCACCAUUUUCCUUGAUGACAGCUUUGCACACUCUUGGCAUUCUCUAAAACAGCUUCACCUGCAAUGCUUUUCCAACAGUCUUGAAGGAGUUCCCACAUAUGCUGAAUACUUGUUGGCUACUUUUCCUUCACUCUGCGGUCCGACUCAUUGUGGAUUGUGGAGGCCAGGUCAUCUGAUGCAGCACUCCAUCACUCUCCUUCAUGGUAAAAUAGCCCUUACACAGCCUGGAGGUGUGUUGGGUCAUUGUCCUGUUGAAAAACAAGUGAUAGUCCCAUUAAGCCCAAACCAGAUGGGAUGGCGUAUCGCUGCAGAAGGCUGUGGUAGCCAUACUGGUUAAGUGUGCCUUGAAUUCUAAAUAAAUCACAGACAGUGUCACCAGCAAAGCACCCCCACACCAUCACACCUCCUCCUCCAUGCUUUACGGUGUCUCACAAAGACAGCAGCUUUGCAGCAGAGGUAACUCUGGGUCUUCCAUUCCUGUGGCGGUCCUCAUGAGAACCAGUUUCAUAAUAGCGCUUGAUGGUUUUUGCGACUGCAAAUGUUCCGUAUUGACUGACCUUCUUGUCUUAAAGUAAGAUUGGACUGUCGUUUCUCUUUGCUUAUUUGAGCUGUUCUUGCCAUAAUAUGGACUUGGUCUUUUACCAAAUAGGGCUAUCUUCUGUAUACCCCCCCCCCCUACCUUGUCACAAAAAUUAAAAUAAAAACUGAUUGGCUCAAAUGCAUUAAGGAAAGAAAAGACCACAAAUUAACUUUUAAGAAGGUACACCUGUUAAUUGAAAUGCAUUCCAGGUGACUACCUCAUGAAGCUGGUUGAGAGAAUGCCAAGAGUGUGCAGAGCUGUCAUCAAGGCAAAGGGUGGCUAUUUGAAGAAUUUGUUUAACACUUUUUUAGUUACUACAUGAUUUCAUAUGUGUUAUUUAAUAGUUGUGUUGUCUUCACUGUUAUUCUACAAUGUAGAAAAUAGUAAAAAUAAAGAAAACCCCUUGAAUGAGUAGGUGUGUCCAAACUUUUGACUGGUACUGUACAUACAGUGGCUUGCGAAAGUAUUCACCCCCCUUGGCAUUUUUCCUAUUUUGUUGCCUUACAACCUGGAAUUAAAAUGGAUUAUUUUGGGGUUUGUUUCAUUUGAUUUACACAAACUGCCUACCACUUUGAAGAUGCAAAAUAUUGUUUUGGGUGAAACAAACAAGAAAUAAGACAAAAUAAUUGAAAACUUAAGCGUGCAUAACUAUUCACCCCCCCCCCCCCAAAGUCAAUAUUUGUAGAGCCAAAAAGCUCAAUUUUAUCUUAUUUUUUUCUGUAAGCAAUGGCUUUUUUCUGGCCAUUCUUCCGUAAAGCCCAGCUCUGUGGAGUGUACGGCUUAAAGUGGUCCUAUGGACAGAUACUCCAAUCUCCACUGUGGAGCUUUGCAGCUCCUUCAGGGUUAUGUUUGGUCUCUUUGUUGCCUCUCUGAUUAAUGCCCUCCUUGCCUGAUCCGUGAGUUUUGGUGGGCGGCCCUCUCUUGGCAGGUUUGUUGUGGUGCCAUAUUCUUUCCAUUUUUUAAUAAUGGAUUUAAUGGUGCUCCGUGGGAUGUUCAAAGUUUCGGAUAUUUUUUUAUAACCCAACUCUGAUCUGUACUUCUCCACAACUUUUCCCUGACCUGUUUGGCGAGGUCCUUGGUCUUCAUGGUGCCGCGUGCGAGGUGGUGCCCCUUGCUUAGUGGUGUUGCAGAUUCUGGGGCCUUUCAGAACAGGUGUAUAUAUACUGAGAUCAUGUGACAGAUCAUGUGACACUUAGAUUGCACACAGGUGGACUUUAUUUAACUAAUUAUGUGACUUCUGAAGGUAAUUGGUUGCACCAGAUCUUAUUUAGGGGCUUCUUAGCAAAGGGGGUGAAUACAUACGCACGCACCACUUUCUGUUAUUUAUUUUUUAGAAUUUUUGAAACAAGUUAGUUUUUUCAUUUCACUUCACCAAUUUGGACUAUUUUGUUUAUGUCCAUUACAUGAAAUCCAAAUAAAAAUCAAUUUAAAUUACAUGUUGUAAUGCAACAAAAUAGGAAAAACGCCAAGGGGGAUGAAUACUUUUGCAAGGCACUGUAUAUAUAUAUUUUUACCCCUUUUUCUUCCCCAUUGGUAGUUACAGUUUUGUCCCAUCGCUACGACUCCAAAUACGGACUCGGCAGAGGCGAAGGUUGAGAGCCAUGCGUCCUCCGAAACACGACCCUGCCAAGCAGCAUUGCUUUUUGACACACUGCUUGUUUAACCCAGAAGCCAGCCACACCAAUGUGUUGGAGGAAACACCGUACAACUGGCAACCGAAGUCAGCGUGCAUGCGCCCGGCCCGCCACAAGGAGUCGCUAGAGCUCGAUGGGACAAGGACGUCCCGGCCGGCCAAACCCUCCCCUAACCCGGACGACGCUGGGCCAAUUGUGCGCCGCCUCACGGGUCUCCCGGUCGCUGCACCACUCGGGAGGCCACAGAUAGAAAUGUAGCCAAUUUGCAGAACUGACACAGUUCCCUAAUCUAAAUGACUUAGAAUCAUAUCCGGUCUACCUAAUUUACCGACCCGCCACAAUGCCCCAUUUCAUACAACAGAGAAUAAUUUCCAUUCUCAAUUGUUGAACCUUCUGUAAUGUUGUACUCUCCUGAUAUUGUAUUCAAUAGGUGAGAUUUUUACACAAGCCAUUUCCUCCUUCAAUGUCACAUCGUAUUUUUUCUUUGUGUGCAAAUAAAUCAAAUUAUAACAACCCCAGAACAGGAGUUGGCCAACCCUGUCCCAAGCAGUGGCGCAAUACAGUAAACCUUUUAAAAAUAUAUUUUACAAUGUGUGUUGCCUCGCUCAGGGUGGAGCUCAAAAGAGAAGCGGGAAAGUCCCUUGGCAUCAGCAUUGUGGGGGGCAGAGGGAUGGGCAGUCGCCUUAGCAACGGCGAGGUGAUGCGGGGCAUCUUCAUCAAACACAUCCUGGAGGACAGCCCCGCCGGCCGCAACGGAACUCUAAAGACUGGAGAUAGGAUUGUUGAGGUACACCAAUCGAUAUUAUUUCACAGAAUAGAGAUUAGAGUGUAGUUACUUUGACGUGAUGAAAUGGUAAUUGCACAGUAAUAACCUAUGAAUUACUUGUUUGUUUCUUUGGAAUGUAUCAGGUGGACGGUGUGGACCUGAGUGAUGCCAGUCACGAGCAGGCUGUGGAGGCCAUCCGCAGGGCAGGAAACCCCGUAGUGUUCCUGGUCCAGAGUAUCGUCCACAGGCCCAGGGUGAGCCCUCUAGCUCCUUGUGUUAGCCUGCUAGCAUGCUAUCUUACUGUGAUAGCAUGCUAGCUAAGUGGUCCUAGCUCCCUGUGUUAGGAUUCUAGCUAACUGGGAUAGCAUUCUAGCUAAGUGGUCCUAGCUCCCUAUGUUAGCAUGCUAGCUGUGUGGCUGUCUUUCAACAACAAUACUUGAUUUCCUAAUCUCUCACCAUUAAUUAUUCCAUUUAACACAAAUGUAACUUCUAAAAGCUUCUUAACCAUCCUGUAUCCAACAAAGACUACAGUAUCUAUAUCUGUCUCAUGGCUUCAAAAAUAUGACUGGCUAUUAGGGCUCUUCGUGAGAGGAUGGAUUUGAAGUGGGAGAAAGGCUUUUGCUCAUAUUCAAUUAAUUGACAGAUUCCUUGUCAGGAUCCAUUUAAUUAAAAAACUUAAAAUGACAAAACAUUAGACUGACUGUAUUUUUGCUGCAUCAUCUUGAUUGGUUUGAAAGUGCCCUUAGCAUGACUAACUAAUAUCCUAAUGAAAUUGCUGCAAGCUUUGCAAUAGCCGACAUACACUCAGUGGUCAGUUUAUUAGGUACACCCUUUUAGUACCGGGUCGGACCCACCUUUGCCUCCAGAAUAGCCUGAAUUCUUCGGGGCAUGGAUUCUACAGGAUGUGGCGUUCAAACAUUGCUCAAUUGGUAUCAAGGGACCUAACGUGUGCCAGGAAAACAUUCCCCACACCAUUACACCACCGCCACCAGCCUGUACCGUUGACACCAGGCAGGAUGGGGCCAUGGAAUCAUGCUGCUUACACCAAAUUCUGACUCUGCCAUCAGCAUGACACAACAGGAACCGGGAUUCGUUGGAGCAGGCAAUGUUUUUCCACUCCUCAAUUGUCCAGUGUUGGAUUGUUUUCCCACUGGAGCCGCUUCUUCUUGUUUUUAGCUGAUAGUAGUGUAACCCGGUGUUGGUUGUCUGCUGCAAUAGCCCAUCCGUGAUAAGGACCGACAAGUUGUGCAUUCCGAGAUGCUGUUCUGCACACCACUGUUGUACUGCGCCAUUAUUUGCCUGUUUGUGGCCUGCCUGUUUCUUGCCAUUCUCUUUCGAACUCUCUCAUCAAUGAGCUGUUUUCGCCCACAGGACUGCCACCGACUAAAUGUUUUUUGUUUGUCGCCCUAGACACUGUCGUGCGUGAAAAACAUAGCAGGCCGGCUGUUUCUGAGAUACUGGAACCGGCGCGCCUGGCACUGACGAUCACGCUCGAAGUCGCUUAGGUCACUCGUUUUGCCCAUUCUAACGUUCAAUUGAACAGUAACUGAAUGCCUGUCUGCCUGCUUGCUUUAUAUAGCAAGCCACGGCCAAGUGACUCACUGUAGGAGUAAACCAUUUUCGUGAACUGGGUGGUGUACCUAAUAAACUGGCCAACGAGUGUAUAUUGACAUACAACUCACAAUCAUUAAUUAGUAUGCAUGGUUAAAGCUUUCCGGACCUUUUCCACAACCUUCCACUAACCAGUCCAGCAUGCACCUCUUCCUCAGCCCAAGUCCCACUAUAGCCCCCCUUCGUCACCAGUCAUAGAGUACAGCACCGCUUUAAAACGCUUGCCUCAUCACAUGUGCCAGGUAAUCUCUCUCUCUCUCUCUUUCACUCUCGGUUUCUUUUUCUUUCUUUCUUUUUUUAUUUGUUCCUCUUUUUCUUUACACAUCAGUAGAGUCUAUGUUGCUUUAUCUCUCCAUUCAGGAGUAUUCACAGGUUUGCUUAUAGUCUACUUAAUGUAUGUGUGUGCAAAAAAAGAGACCCAAUAGAAAAUUGGAAUCGGGUUGCAUCCAGGGUAAACGUUAUAUGCUGCAAAGGUUAACUGCUGUGGGCAGGUCUGUAUUGCUCUUGUCCUUUUAAAUAGUGCCAGUGGGGCCCACCUGCAGAUCGUAAUGAUGCUUCCUAGCAGUUACCCCUUUAUGGCCUUCUACACUUCAAUGUCACUGGUGAAUAAUCCAAAAGCAGCCUUGAGGAUUCUCUGAAACGUUUAUUGUUUGGCUUCUAAGAAAGAGCUCAACUUUGAUUUUAUUUUCCUUUUUUAACUGGUCUCCUUGAGGUCAUUUAUUACUAGUCACUCAUUUUGGAGUAAUUUUGAUAACUCCAGAGGUAUUUUUACUAUUGAGCCUACAUUUUCUUGGUGUUUUAACUUUUGAGCCUCCAAAUUCCCUUCUUUCCAGGACAGCCUUUGAUUCCAUUUUUAUCAGUGCCCAAUCUUACUUCAUGUAGACUGUGAUUGCUUUUUCCUCCUUUCGCUGCUCAAGGUCUGCUUUUGGGGGGUCAAUCCUACAGUGUAUAAUAUACUAUAUCAGUGUAGAAUAGUUCUCUUUGGCCCAGUUUCCCAGACCCAGAUUAAUUCUACUAAUGAACUUAAAAGCAUGCUCAGUGGAAAAUCGCCAUUGAAAGUGCUUUUGAGUCCAGGAAUAGAUUGUGUCUGCCUGGGAUAGCAGCUCAUUAAGUUAUGUGAACUGAGAAAGAAUCAAGGAACAGGAAAACCUAAAAGAACACAAUAGCCAAUAUGUUCAGUACCCCAAACCACAAGGUUCACUGCAUGUUGCUGUGGUGGUUUCUGGCUGGCAGGCAGAUAUAUUAAGUCAGCUCCUGGGUGAGAGAUGGUCAGCCCUGGGUGGAAUAUUGAUUACCGGGCUGCCUACCUCACUGGCCGCAUCAUUUUAGUUUUCCCAAUGUGGAACGUAUACAGUACCUUCUCUGACCAAGGGCAAUCCAUACUCUGGUGUAGCCAAGCCUAUACAACCUGUCACGCUCUGGCUCCGGGACUUUGUAUGUUGAGCCAGGGUGUGUACGUUUCGUUGUGUUUUGUUUGGUUGGGUUGUCAUGUGGUUAUGUUUCCUUGUUUGUAUUGAGUGACUCCCAAUCAGAGGUAACGAGUGUCAGCUGUCGGCUCGUUAUCUCUGAUUGGGAGCCAUAUUUAACUGUGUGUUUUCACCUUGUGUUUGUGGGUUUUUGUUCCGUAUUCAGUCUUUGUCACUGUGGACUUCACGUAUCGUCAUUGUUUGUUGUUUUGGCAUUGAGUACUUUAAGUUAAUAAAGUCAUGUUCGCUCAACGCGCUGCGCUUUGGUCUCCCUCAUUGGACGAUCGUGACAGAAAAACCCACCGUAAAAGGACCAAGCAGCGUGUCCAGGAGCAAGGAGACUGGACAGGGGAGGAAGCGCCGGGUAAGGAGAUAGAGAGGCUGGCGAUGGCCCAGGUGGGCAAAUCGUGGUCCUGGCAGGACAUGCUCGGGGGCAAGGGACCUUGGGGAAGGAUCAAGGCCCUGGCGAGAGAGGAGCAACGGCGUCAGCAGGGCCAUCGUCGGAUGGAAGAGAGGCAACCCCAAAAAAAAUUUGGGGGGGGGCACAUGGCUUGGGCGGCUGGGCAGCAGGAGGCUGCCACAGGGCAAUUUGGAGAGGAGGCCACCGGGUUUUGGGGGCCAGAAGGCAGGUUGGCGAGGCCGGGAUGGAGAGCGGAACCAACUUCCCGUACUCAGGCAUGGCAGCAUGGGACGGGGCAGGUUCCGCGGUAUGCGGAGCAGCGUACGGUGCCACGAGUGGUCCGGCACAGUCCUGUACGUCCUGUGCGAGCACCCCGCACGUGUCGUGCGAAGGGGGGUAUGCAGCCAGGACGGAGUGUGCCGGCUCAACGCUCGUGGUCUCCUAUGCCUCUCCGCGGUCCCGGAUAUCCUGCUCCAGUAUCACGUGCUGUCAUGUCGGUACGGGUACACAGCCCUGUACGUCCUGUGCGGAUGCCUCACACAGAGUGUGUGAAGGUAGGCAUUCAGCCGGGACGUAUUGUGGCCGCUCUUCAUUCCAGGUCUCCUAUCCGUCUCCACAGUCCGGUGAGGCCUGUUCCUGCUCCACGCACAAAACCUACGGUGUGCGUCGCCAGCCCAGCCCGGCCUGUUCCUGCUCAACGCACAAAGCCUACGGUGUGCGUCGCCAGCCCAGCCCGGCCUGUUCCUGCUCCACGCACAAAACCUACGGUGUGCGUCGCCAGCCCAGCCCGGCCUGUUCCUGCUCAACGCACAAAGCCUACGGUGUGCGUCGCCAGUCCAGCCCGGCCUGUUCCUGCUCAACGCACAAAGCCUACGGUGUGCGUCGCCAGCCCAGCCCGGCCUGUUCCUGCUCCACGCACAAAACCUACGGUGUGCGUCGCCAGCCCAGCCCGGCCUGUUCCUGCUACUCGCACCAAGCCAAGGGUGCAAGUCGUCAGCCUGGUCCAGCCCGUUCCUGCUACUCGCACCAAGCCAAGGGUGCGAGUCGUCAGCCUGGUCCAGUCCGUUCCUGCUACUCGCACCAAGCCAAGGGUGCGAGUCGUCAGCCUGGCCCAGCCCGUUCCUGCUACUCGCACCAAGCCAGGGGUACGAGUCGUCGGCCUGGUCCAGCCCGUUCCUGCUACUCGCACCAAGCCAAGGGUGCGAGUCGUCAGCCUGGUUCAGCUCGUCCCUGCUACUCGCACCAAGCCAAGGGUGCGAGCCGUCAGCCUGAUCCAGCCCAUUCCUACUACUCGCACCAAGCCAGGGAUGCGAGUCGUCAGCCUGGUGAGGCCCGUUCCGGCUCCACGCAUCAAGCCUAGGGUGCGUAUCGUCAGCCAGGUCCGGUCCGUUCCUGCCUCACGCGCCAAGCCAGGGGUGCGCGUCGUCAGUCCAGAUCCUACCAGCUGGGUCAGAUCGGACCGGGGGCGCUACGGGGGGAUUGAAGAAGGGUGGUGGUCAAGCCCGGAGCCGGAGCCGCCUCCGAGGAGUAAUGCCCACCCAGCCCUCCCCUGUUUGGGGUUUUUGAGGCGCGGUCGCAGUCCGCGCCUUUAGGGGGGGGUACUGUCACGCUCUGGCUCCGGGACUUUGUAUGUUGAGCCAGGGUGUGUACGUUUCGUUGUGUUUUGUUUGGUUGGGUUGUCAUGUGGUUAUGUUUCCUUGUUUGUAUUGAGUGACUCCCAAUCAGAGGUAACGAGUGUCAGCUGUCGGCUCGUUAUCUCUGAUUGGGAGCCAUAUUUAACUGUGUGUUUUCACCUUGUGUUUGUGGGUUUUUGUUCCGUAUUCAGUCUUUGUCACUGUGGACUUCACGUAUCGUCAUUGUUUGUUGUUUUGGCAUUGAGUACUUUAAGUUAAUAAAGUCAUGUUCGCUCAACGCGCUGCGCUUUGGUCUCCCUCAUUGGACGAUCGUGACACAACCACAACUCCUGAAGAAAAAAACAACCACUGAUGUUUUGCUCAGGCUAAUUUUUCUGUUAUAUUCAAACUAAUGUUUUUAAUAUAUAUGGAUGCUUUUACUUUUCUGAAUGUACAUUCUAUACAUUUUAGACAUUGCCCAUGCAAGCCUCACCAAUUUAAAUACAAUAUGAUGUCUCAACGUUGUAAGUUCAGCCUUUGCUGAUAUGUCAUUUGAUGACAAUACCUAGCGAUGCAUUUUUCAUGUCUCCCUCUUGUACACAACAGUCCUCAACCACGGACACCAACGAGGAGAGAGUGGCGGCCAUGGUGCGGCGCAAUAGUGACAAGGUUAGUAACACAUACACUACCGGUCAAAAGUUGGGACACACCUACUCAUUCAAGGGUUUUUCUUUAUUUUUUACUAUUUUCUACAUUGUAGAAUAAUAGUGAAGACAUCAAAACUAUGAUGUGAUGCAUAUGGAAUCAUGUAGUAACCAACAAAGUGUUAAACAAAUCAAAAUAGAUUUAAUCUUUGAGAUUCUUCAAAUAGCCACCCUUUCCCUUGAUGACAGCUUUGCUCACUCUUGGCAUUCUCUCAACCAGCUUCACCUGGAAUGCUUUUCCAACAGUCUUGAAGGAAUUCCCAUAUGCUGACAACUUGUUGGCUGCUUUUCCUUCACUCUGCUGUCCGACUCAUCUGAAACCAUCUCACUUGGGUUGAGGUCGGGGGAUUGUGGAGGCCAGGUCAUCUGAUGCAGCACUCCAUCACUCUCCUUCUUGGUAAAAUAGCCCUUACACAGCCUGGAGGUGUGUUGGGUCAUUGUCCUGUUGAAAAACAAAUAAUAGUCCCACUAAGCCCAAACCUGAUAGGAUGGCGUAUCACUGCAGAAUGCUGUGAAAGCCAUGCUGGUUAAGUGUGCCUUGAAUUCUAAAUAAAUCACAGACAGUGUUACCAGCAAAGCACCCCCACACCAUAACACCUCCUCCUCCAUCCUUUACGGUGGGAACUACACAUGCGGAGAUCAUCCGUUCACCCACACCGCGUCUCACAAAGACACAGCGGUUUGAACCAAAAAUAUCAAAUUUGGACUCCAGACCAAAGGACGAAUUUCCACCGGUCUAAUGUCCAUUGCUCGUGUUUCUUGGCCCAAGCAGGUCUUUUCUUCUUAUUGGUGUCCUUUAGUAGUGGUUUCUUUGCAGCAAUUCGACCAUGAAGGCCUGGUUCACACAGUCCCCUCUGAACAGUUGAUGUUGAGAUGUGUCUGUUACUUGAACUCUGUGAAGCAUUUAUUUGGGCUGCAAUUUCUGAGGCUGGUAACUCUAAUGAACUUAUCCUCUGCAGCAGAGGUAACUCUGGGUCUUCCAUUCCUGUGGCAGUCCUCAUGAGAGCCAGUUUCAUCAUAGCGCUUGAUGGUUUUUGCGACUGCACUUGAAGAAACUUUCAAAGUUCUUGAAAUGUUACGUAUUGACUGACCUUCAUGUCUUCAAGUAAUGAUGGACUGUCAUUUCUCUUUGCUUAUUUGAGCUGUUCUUGCCAUAAUAUGGACUUGGUCUUUUACCAAAUAGGGCUAUCUUCUGUAUACCCCCCCCUACCUUGUCACAACACAACUGAUUGGCUCAAAUGCAUUAAGAAGGAAAGAAAUUCCACAAAUUAACUUUUAAGAAGGCACACCUGUUAAUUGAAAUGCAUUCCAGGUGACUACCUCAUGAUGCUGGUUGAGAGAAUGCCAAGAGUGUGCAAAGCUGUCAAGGCAAAGGGUGGCUAUUUGAAGAAUCUCAAAUAUAACAUAUAUUCUGAUUUGUUUAACACUUUUUUGGUUACUACAUGAUUCCAUAUGUGUUAUUUCAUAGUUUUUAUGUCUUCACUAUUAUUCUACAAUGUAGAAAAUAGUAAAAAUAAAGGAAAACCCUUGAAUGAGUAGGUGUGUCCAAACUUUUGACUGGUACUGUAUGUCAAAUACUUUCAAAUACUUGAGGUGCACUGGAUUUAGCUCAGAGCAAAGCAGACAAAGCACAGCUCAUGUACUGUAUUUGAAAGGGUGCUGGUCUUGUAACCUUAGGUAACACCUGUAAUUUGACGUAUUGUCGUAGAAGUCUCAAAUCAAAUUCCUGCAGGGAUUUAUCUUAUAUUAGGAUUUCUAGUAGACCUAGCACUUCACUCUCAUUCAUAGUGGUGGGAGUGAAGUUUCUGCCUUUAGUUUCACAAUGUUGUUGCCCUAAAAAGUGACUGACUCUUCUCUGUUCUCUGUAGAAGGUUGAGAGUCACAGUAGACUAUUCCUACGCCUCUCCCCAACUAACCCUUUCACUCCUACUCCGUUUAAGGUUUGUUGGUCUUUGUGUUGUUGUGCUUUUCACCUUCUAUUUCCAUGUAUGCUUGUACAGUUGUGUUAUGGAAUAUAUGUGGAGACACAUAUAUUGGACAGGCCUUGCAUGCAUACAUGCUGUCCUAACAUCUUUCCACUAAACCUAUUUGAAUCCUUUUUUAUUUUUUGUGUUUUGUUGUUUACAAAUAGCUUCGAUACAAAUUUCGGAAUUUUGCAACGCUUUGCAAAAUGUGAAAAUUAAAAUGGCCCAAAUUAAACCCCAAAUUCAUCCCCAAAAUAUGCAAUGUUUUGAUUCGGAAUCCAAAUGCAUUUGAAUUUGCCUAAAUUUAUAAAAAUAAUCCUGUUUGCCUUUUAUUGUGUUGCACUUGUUUCAUAAGGUAAGUGUACAUUUGCAUGUGUUACCAGAUGGACAAUGGUUGGAUUGAAUUCUAUCAGUAAGGAACAUUUGUUAUUAAACUCAUUCUUGAAUAUUGAAGUAAUCUAGAAAUACACUACUUAUGACGUUGCUUACAGCAAGCAUUCCUUGAUUAGGCAUAUAAAAAAAAAAUAUCCCUAAAAAAUAGGGUAAUACUAUUUUAAAUUGUCCACCUGCACAUGAGUGACUAAAACGUACUUUACCGACUCAACUUAACAAGCUUUAGGUUGUAGUCAGCUAAACCUGCUACGUUGAAACUAAGCGAUUGUUAUCUGCCUUUUUGCCACAAAACAAAUCUGUUUUCCCAACACUUCUGUGGUGUGGCAGCUGCCAAAGCGGGAAGCGGGAAAGACAUCGUCCACCACUCCUCACCUCUCCCUUCCCAUGGUUCCCCACGUUGGAGAGACAAACACGGAUACCCUGACAGAGAUUCCCGACAAACCGGCCCAGACGGAAGAGGAGGAUGAGUUUGGCUACAGCUGGAGUGAGUGUGACGAGAUGAACAGAUCUAGGAACAGUUUACCUUUACUCUUAAUCCUAACCAUGGAAGGGGCAAAACUGACCAUUAGGGGCAACUUCCUCCUUCUUCAUGAAAGGACCGAAGUUGUCUAACCAUGUUAUGUAAUCUGGAUUCUCACAAUGUUCUUAGUGAUCAUUACACAAUGAAUAAGACCAUGGACCCAGUCCAGAAACCCAACCCCUAGCCCCUACUCCCUAGGCACUUGUGGAGAACUGGAUAGAUUUGAAAGGGGAAAGUCCUACCAAUUCUAAAGAGGACAAUGUGCAGUUAUUACCAUAUUUAUACCUAUCAAAUCAUUUCAGAUUUACAGGAAGAUCCCAGUGGGUAGGCAGUAGUGUUUGCUUGCAGACUAUGCCAUGGAUUCAGAAAGUUCCAUCUUGGCUUGCCUCCUCCCAUGUGCUAGCACCUAUCGGCCACUAGAGGACGUCCACAUUGCAAUCAUAGUCUUGCCAGUGCUUGAAUUGGGCCAGAACACACACCGGUACACCCAAAAUGAGUGCCGGCUCCUAUUUCAGUCCACUUCAAGAACUAACUAUUUUUAUUUGUAUUUAUUAUGGAUGCCCAUUAGUUCCUGCCAAGGCAGCAGCUACUCUUCCUGGUGUCCAGCAAAAUAAAGGCAGUUAUUUACAAUAAAAACAACAACAAUACAUUACAUUUCACAACAGAUUUCACAACACAUUUAGUGUGUGCUCUUAGGACAUAAGGUGUAUUUUUAUCUGUUUUUUAAUCUGAUUUUACUGCUUGCAUGAGUUACUUGAUGUGGAAUAGAGUUCCAUGUAAGUCUUGCUACUAGGCUCCCAAGGCAAGUCAACUAGGCUAGCACAGUGAUAUUAUACCUAUCCAGUUAUUCAAAAUGAAGUGCCUAGGUCCCCUCAACUCUGGACCUCGAAACCAGUCCCACUGCAUUUUCUUCCCCUCUAAUCAGGGACUGAUUUAGACCUGGGACACCAGGUGGGUGCAAGUAAUUAUCAGGUAGAACAGAAAACCAGCAGGCUCCGGACCUCGUAGGAUAAGAGUUGAAUACCCCUGGCCUAGGGGUUGGGGAAAGGGGUUGUUUCUGGAUGGGGCCUCGGGCUCUUCUGAUUACGGACAGUAUAGUCCCUCCUGGGCCCCUGGUGAAUGCAGUGUGUGUGUGUGUGUGUGUGUGUGUGUGUGUGUGUGUGUGUGUGUGUGUGUGUGUGUGUGUGUGUGUGUGUGUGUGUGUGUGUGUGUGUGUGUGUGUGUGUGUGUGUGUGUGUGUGUAUGUGUGCGUGUGCGUGUGCGUGUGUGUGUGUGCGUGUGUGUGUGUGUCCUGUGUUGAUCCGAUUGAUGAGGUGGAGACUGGAGAGGUGAGUCAGGGAGAUUAGUACAGGAGUUCUAGCUAUAUUUGGCUCUAUUCAAUCAUUUCUCAUGUGAAUUAUAAUUAUACAACACACACAGGUCGUAGUCAAGUCUGCCACUGUAUUCACAUUCAUCAGUAGGAUUGGUCAGUGUUUCAACCCAUUUCAAUCUAUCCACUGUUCUCUACAGAGAACAUCAGUCAGAGGUAUGGCAGCCUCCCAGGGCUUCUGCACAUGAUUGAGCUGGAGAAAGGGAAGACUGGCCUGGGCCUUAGUCUGGCUGGCAACCGUGACCGCUCUCGCAUGAGCGUGUUUGUGGUCGAGAUCGACCCCAGUGGAGCCGCUGGCAAAGAUGGUCUCGUUGUGGUCGGGGAUGAACUGUUGGAGGUGAGGGGCUUGGAUUAGUAAUGUAGUGGUCACAGAUGCUCUAGAUGGGUGGUUCUUAACCAGGAGUUGAUGCCCAGUGGGUAUUACUGUGUUAUAUGGUCUGAAUCAUCAAAUAUUACUUGAUUUAGCUUUUCCUCUCUGAUUUGAUAUCUACGUUUAAUUUUAAUCCCGACAAUAUUAUCUGAGGUUUGCAGGAAGCAAGCAAAACUAAUGACAGUUGCUGAAUUUAAUAAUAUUGCAUCGAAUUCAGUGGAAUAAAUUUGUAUGAAAGACAGUAGUAACAAGUGAAUUUCUGCACCCUAUCAGAUCAACGGGCAGAUUCUGUAUGGGCGGAGUCACCAGAAUGCCUCCUCCAUCAUCAAAAGCGCCCCGUCGAAGGUCAAGAUCAUUUUCAUCAGGUGGGGUAUUUAAAUAAACAGGGACAUAUAUCCCAAGUCCUUAUCUCCAUCCUUCCACCAAGUAUUGUUUCAAGUAUCUUUACCAAGCCUUAACAAGAACAAAAAUGUAUAGAUAGUGUAGCUCUGUUUUCCAACUCCAGUCCUCCAGUACCCCCAACAGUAUACAUUUUUGUUGUAGCCUCGGACAAACUCACCUGAUUCAACUGGUCAACUAAUCAUCAAGCCCUCAAUGAGUUGAUUCAGGUGUUUUUGUCUGGACUACAACAAAAACGUGUGCUGUUGGGGGUAGUGGAGGACUGGAGUUGGAAAACACUGUUGUAGCUGAGCCCCUUCCAUACCAGAGGACUAGUUCAAGUCUAAUGCAUCACCAUAUAAAGCCCAGUAGAUGGAGCUGUGGUCUUACAAAGGACUGAUGUAACUUGAUAUCAGCGAAGACACAAGGGGCAUCUCAAUACUCCCAAGAUGUCUUCUUCAAUUUUCUCCCGGCCUGUGUUAUUAUCAGUCAGAAUCGGUGAAAACCCAGCUAGUUAUCACACAUAAACAUAAUAAAUCAGACCAAUAUAAGCGAUUCUCGACUCAUGGAUCAACACACACUACUUAACUCAGCUGAUAGCCUCAAUUAGACUGUGGUUCACAGACUCAGGAUGCGCCCCAAUUGGCACUCUAUUCACUACAUCAGGGAUCAUCAACUAGAUUCAGCCGCGGGACAAUUUUUUUUUCUUGAGCGUAUGGUCAGGGGGCCGGAACAUAAUUACAAAUCAUUUGUAAACUGCAAAUUGACCGCAAGAAGCCCAAACCGAUAUAGUAGUUGACUAAAACAUAAUCAUUUCAUACGAUCACAUAAUCAAAUCAAAUUGUAUUGGUCACAUACACGUGUUUAGCAGAUGUUAUUGCGGGUGUAGCGAAAUGCUUGUGUUUCUAGCUCCGACAGUGCAGUAUAUCUAACAAUAAAUAUUUAACAAUUUCACAACAUAUACCCAAUACACAGAAAUCUAAGUAAAGCAACGGAAUUAAGAAUAUAUAAAUAAAUAUAUGGACGAGCAAUGUCAGAGCGGCAUAGACUAAGAUACAGUAGAAUAGUAUAGAAUACAGUAUAUACAUAUGAGAUGAGUAAUGCAAGAUAUGUAAACAUGAUUAUAUGUUAUUAUAUAUCUGUCUAUUAUGCGAAGGAAUACUUUGGAACAGAUUUCCAUAAUUUUUUAUGUCCAACAAUUUAAGAAAAAAAGUAGUGCACUGUAUAGGGGAAGGGGUGCCAUUUGGGAUGCAGGCUUAGUGAUUCAUAUGAGCUAUGGGUCUCAGACAGGAAGAAAGCUGGGUGUGAUUUACUCCGAUUAGUGAUUUACUCUGAGUUUUGACUGGUGGGCAGGAACACAGAUGCUCUCAACCAGAUGGCUGUGGGACCAGUGAGGGAGCAUGGAGACACCCUGGAGCCCCAGACAGAGGUAAACACACACACACACACAUGCAGGCAUGUGCACACAAAGGCAUAGUACAUACACACAUGUGGGCAUUCACAUACACACACGCAUAUAAAAGUCCUUACAGUGUGAAGCAGCUCAAUGACUGAAAAUACACUCAAAUAUUCUAUUCUUUCAAUCUCUUAUUAUUCAUUUUUUCACAGCUGGAAACAUGUUCUUCCAUUGCACCCUCAGCGAUCAAUGUCGACAUGUUGAAAUACGUGCAGCACGUCAUACUGCCGAAGGUGAGACACUCAAGACUCCCGUGCUGCUCUGCUAUGAGUUACCUGGAGACGCUCCCGUGCUGCUAUGAGUUAUAUAACCUCAGACCUCUUCAGGAAAAGGUUUUAUUGACGAGGUCAUAAAACAAAGGGAAGUAGAGAGAAAGAAAGAAAGAGAGAGCGGGAGGGGGGUGGAAAUAGCCUGUUCUAGUUUGAUAGGCUGCUGAGAGAAAGAGAGAGAGAGAGAGAGAGAGACAGAGAGAAAAAGAGAGAGCGAGAGAGAGAGAUGGGCCUAUUCUAAUUGGACAGGCUGCUACAAGAGAGACAGAGAGAGACACAUAGAGAGAGAGAGAGAAAGAGAGAGAGAGAGAGAGAGACAGAGAGAGAGAGACAGAGAGAGACACAUAGAGAGAGAGAGAGAAAGAGAGAGAGAGAGAGAGAGACAGAGAGAGAGAGACAGAGAGAUAGGCCUAUUCUAAUUGGACAGGCUGCUACAAGAGAGAGGGAAGCGAAUGAUCGAGGGACGACAGCAAUCUACCCCAGGAACUGAGAGAGAGCAGGAUAGACAGACAGAGAGAGAGAAAGAAAGAAAGAAUGAGAGAGGGGGAUGUCAACCUAUUCUAAUUUAAUGGGUCUUCUGACAAGCCAAACACCUGGAUGGGAGUCACAGCCUAGCUGUCUAUCCACAUGGUUUAUUAUGUAAUAGUAUAUUAGAGGAUCACGGUAUGAAGGUAACAUCUGGUAUGGGCACAUACCAGACACAUACUUCCCUGUUACUUCCGCACACUCUCCAGGAACAAAAGAUCAAGAUGCUGAGUGAAGCUGGGUAGUGUUCAUCACGGCACAUUGUACCAAAACAUUUUGUAACGGAAAAUGUAAUUAAGUGUUUUGUGUUGUUCAAGUUCAGAUGUUACCUCCCCAUUUAUUUCGGUUUCUGACCAUUUUCUUCGGUUUCAUGCCUAAUGAACACAACACUGGCACUAGUUUUUUCUACUACUCCAGCCACUUUAUUCUUGUCUGAAAAAAGCGUACAAUAGAGUCUCUGAUGUAGGUAGAACCAUAAUGUUCCAAAAUGCCUCACAAUUUACAAAACAAACCGUUCUUGCAUUGUGAUGUUUCUGAUCUAUUGCUCGCUAUGUUCAUGUUUAAUGCGUCGUCAUGCAUAUUUCAUGUGCAUAAUUAUGUUUUCAAUUGUGAUUCACAGUGCCUAUAAUUAUGGUUGACAGGGAGUUAUCGAGUAAAAUUCAAGUACAUUAUCACUGUUUAUCUCUAGGAGGAGGGUGGAUUCGGCAUCACUUUCAGUGAGGAGGACACCAAGAAUGGGGUGGUGAUUCAGAGUAUAACUGAAAAAGGACCAGCAGGAAAGGUUUGUCACUCUAGUGUUUCUUACUCUACAGGUAUCCUCUAUAGAAGUGUUCUGGGAGACCCACAAGGGGAGCAGGCUUUUGUUCCAGCCCAGCACUAACCCACCUAAUAUAACUGGUAUCGUGUGAGUUGGUAGAACAUGGCACUUGCAACGCCAGGGUUGUGGGUUCGAUUCCCACAGGGAACCAGUACGGAAAAUAAAUAUGAAAUAAGAGCAUCUGCGAAAAUGUAAAUAACUGCUCAUUAGGACCUUGAUUAGUUGAAUCAGUAAAUUGCUGGGUUGGAACAAAAUCCUGUAGCGGUCCAUGACUAUCUUUAAAGAACAAUGCUCUCCAGAAAAACCUAUUGGGACAAUUCUACGUGUUAUGCUAAUUGGAUGGCCACAUUUUACGCAUGCAAAACAUUCUCUAACACCAGUCCUGUAUUACUCUAUGCAGGACGGCAGCAUCAAAUCUGGAGAUAAACUCCUGGCUGUGGAGGAUGAGCCAGUGACGGGCUACACUGUGGAGAGGGUAAGAUCUGCCUCUGCAGCCAUUUUAGACACACACCCUACGGCCAGGGUUAAUGUAUAUUUAGAUGAUUAGCUUGUUGAGUGUUAGUUUAACGUAUACCAUGGCAUUGUUGAAUACUCCUUUCUGAUUGGCUUGAAGGGCAUUCUAAAGCGUGUAUUAUUUCCAUAUACCACACGGUAUAUUUACAUGGUAGAAUUCAAUGGCUAUAGUUAAUUUUCACGUUUUGUUUGAGCUGCUUUUGAAAGCAAAAGUCGAAUUGAAAACAGUAUUGGUAUUGUUAAAUUAGAUUUUCAUAAUAGCAAGCUAGGACUGAUGGUUUGGUUAACUAAACUAGCAAGUCUGUUUGGUUGGUUACCACGGCAACUACUGUAGCUAUCUAGUAAACUUGCUAGCUACUUCAGUGGAUGUUGAACACAGUUAUACCAGAAAAUGAACACAUUUCUAGCGGCAAAUGUGUUAAAUUAUAGCCAUGGUAUAAAAGGGAUAAUCAACUCCGGGCUCUAUCCAUUCUCUGGAAAAUAAUGCAACUCCGUGAAAGGUCAGUUCCACUCCGCUAGUACGUUGUCGAACACACCUUCCACGUCGUUCGUUAUUUUCCAUAGAACGCAUAGCCCCUCGUUGAUUAUCCCUUAUAUAGACCAUCUGUUGGGGACUACCCUCUUAGAAAAAAAGGGUUCCAAAAGGGUUCAUCGGCUGUCCCCAUAUGAUAACCCUUUUUGGUUCCAGGUAGAACCCUAUUGGGUUCUAUGUAGGACCAUCUGUGAAAAGGGAACCAAAAAGGGUUCUCCAAAGGGUUCUACUAUGGGGACAGUCGCAUAACCCUUUUAGGUUCUAGAUUGCACCUUUUUUUCUAAGUGUGUAUCCAAAUACGUUUUUUUUUCUACAUUUCAGGUCCACUCUCUACUGAUGAACGCCAAAGGCUCAGUGAAAUUGACUAUCUGCACAGACGAGUCAUCGCCCCUUCUCCCCAACUGUACUGGUCAGGCCACCAGCCUACCCAGAAUCCCUAGCAUCUCCAUGGCUACCCUGGGACAGCCUGAGUCAGAGCCAAUCCGGAGUGAGUAAACCGCUUGUCAUUUGUUGUCAGGAAGAAAUGCGAUAGAUCAUUAGCAUUUGGGUUUAUUAAGCAUAAACAACCUAACAGGAUGUUUUACAUAACUUAAAUAUUGGAGCUAGUUAUAGUACAAAAUCUGAAAGAAGUAUGAUCCACUCAGUUAGUUAUAGCAGAGUGAUAUGCUUAUCGGGCAAUCACUUGGUAUAUAAAUUUUUACAUCAGCAGUUGUCACAAAGUGCUUAUACAGAAACCCAGCCAAAACUCCAAAGAGCAAUAUAACCUAAAUAUACCUUAUACAGUCAAUUUGAUAUUUCAGUUUUUUUGUGGGGGAAUAAGACUGUAACGUAACAAAAUGUGAAAAAAGUGAAGGGGUCUGAAUGCACUGUAUGCCUUGUAUACCUUGUCUACAGUGUCUGAAGAUAUUCUAGUCUGAUUUUAGCCUGGCAUCAAAUGGAUAUGUGCUUUAGCCAAUAUUUUUGUCAUUGGGGUAUAUUGAAUGGCAUGCCAAUAAUAAUCAGAGUUGGCUAAAAGCACACACAGAUCUGGGACCAGGCUAGAAGGAAUAUAUUUAUUUGAUCCUUUCAUCUCAAUUUCCCACUCUCUCUCAUCAGGCUCUAGUCGCUCGUCCACCCCUGGCACUCUGGCCUCCUCUGACCCUGUGACCUGUCCCAUCAUCCCCGGCUGUGAAACCACCAUAGACAUCUCCAAGGGCCACACAGGCCUGGGCCUCAGCAUCGUGGGGGGCUGUGAUACUCUACUGGUAGGCCAAAGACCACGCCAAGGAACUUUUCAUCAAAGCAGCUCUGUGAUGACUGUGGAUAUGACUGUGGGCUUUUGAAGUGUCCCCUCGUGUUAUAGAAUAAUAUCAGAACUUAUAUUUUGGAAUAAUAUAUGAACAUAAAGGUUGUUGGAUCCCAAUUAACAGAUUGCAAAUUGACAGAUACUGACAACGAAUCUGGGUUCGUUUUACAUAGUUUUACAUAUGUACAUAGUUUUAUCUGUAGUUUUAACAAUACAUAAGAAACAAUUGGUCCCAAGUUCAACCACUAACAUUAGGAGAAGAACCACUACUUACAUAAUGACACAAAGUUGAAAGAUAUGCCACCCACCCUCUUUUGUUCCUGUGCUUUUAGAGCUGGUAGUAGUAUCCCAGGUCUGAAAUAGCUGUGGAGGCAGUGGAAUGGCAAAUAAAUAUAGGAAGUGAUGCAGUCUGUCACACACACACACACACACACACACACACACACACACACACACACACACACACCGCUCCUCCUCUCUCCCCUCCAUUCUGUUUGCUCAGCCAGGCCUGAGGAAUAGCCAUUUGUCUAGCCUCAGCCACAGGAGACAAUAUCCAGGCCUGGAAUGUGACCGUUGACCUGAGAAUGACCCCCCCCCCAUCCCCCAAACCCCCCCACCCCCUUCCUCCUCCACCCUCCCCCAUAGACACCCACACACAAAGACUCCAUCUAGUAUCAACCUGUUCCACUCUGCCUCACAUGUAUUCCUGAACUCCUUCAUCUUGUCAUUGUAUGAUCUUCAUUUCUCUCUCUCUCUCUAUCUGACUACUCUCAAUGUAAUCUUCGUUCAUCCCUCCUCCCUCUAUCUUGUGGUCCUCUGUAGCUCAAUGGGUAGAGCACGGCGCUUGUAAUGCCAGGGUAGUGGGUUCGAUCCCCGGGGCCACCCAUACGUAAAAAUGUAUGCGCACAUGACUGUAAGUCGCUUUGGAUAAAAGCGUCUGCUAAAUGGCAUAUUAUAUUCUAUUUCUCCUUCCCUCCUACCACACACCUCUCCAAUUUCCUCACUUGUUUUUUCUCCUCUCUCUCUCCUCUCUUCUUUUCUUUCUCUUUCUCUAGGGGACCAUCAUCAUUCACGAGGUCUAUGAGGAGGGAGCUGCCUCCAAGGAUGGGAGACUUUGGGCUGGGGACCAGAUCCUGGAGGUAUUGGAAUGUGUUCAUCAUUUAGGAUCAGAUCCCCCCCAUCUGUGUAAUCUCAUUGUUAUAUAAAAGGCAAAACUGAUCCUAGAUCAGCACUCCCUCCUACUCUGAGACUAUUUAUGAAUACGUGGCCAGGCCCAUACACCUUCAGCAAUCCCGUAUGAUGGACAAUAUCAGAUAGGAGAACCCAAUCCUAACUUGAGAUAUGGGCACGUAUUUCACACUCUGGUAUAAUAUUGCAUUGCAAUACCUAAGUGAAUCUUAAGAAUCUAAGGAUUUGGUUCGUAGUCUAAAGAAGAACUUUGCAAUUUCACUUGAAUCAUAUAUUACAUCUAAAAUUAUAUUGCCUAUGUAUUGUAUAAACAGUCAGCAUGUAUAGAUGUCAUGAUAUAUAGAAUGACAUCUUAAUAGCCAGCUUAACUCUCUGACAGCCACUCCUUUGCCCUUUGCUUUGUUAUGGAGGCACUCUAGGGGUGUGACCGGGGCAGUUAGUCAUGGUAGCUCAGUCAAUGGGUCUGGAAGCACCUCACUAACCCCUUUUCAACACACGCACACACCCUUAUGACUUAAUUGCCCCCCACCCCCACCCUCAGUAUUUCACUUUGGGCCCGAGCCAAGCCGUAGUAUUCAUACUGCUCAUGAUAGGGUCAGGGGGAGAGUGAGAGAGUGGCCACCCAUUCUGUGGUUCAAGCAGAACCAAUGUCAUUAGUGACCCAUUUCAGUCUGCUAUGGGAAAAGCCAUGCAAUGCUAAUGGGCUAUUUCCGCUUGAUAUGGACCCUUAGAAUAGGUUGCGGUUCUCAGCUCUAAGCUAAGUACAUUUUGGUGUUAUUACCAGACAAGGUUUUGAAAAUGUAUAGACCUACCCUCAUGCUAGCUGUUGACUGUGUAUGUUACAUUAUUCACAUCCUUAACCAAUAUUCAUGUUUGUCAAUGUGUUUGAGCCUACAGUGUUUAUAUACAUAGGAACAAUAUCAAAUGCUAGAGAUUGUACUCUUGCUGCCGCGUUUUUAUAUUGACAAAUCUGUUUGUUUUUCACUCUCUCUCUCUCACUCACUCUCAAUCUCACACACACACACACACACACACAAAUUCCAAUUCCAGGGACGUGCGACUGUCACGUCUCCUCCCGUUGCUCCCCUCCGGCGCUCUGAUUCGCCGGUCUACUGAGCCACCGGUCUGAGCGCACCACCUCGGCAACACCGGAAUGGAAACACAACACACCCUAAUCACCUCCAGCGCACCUGCACCAUUAUCUCAUCACCACACCUAUAUAGCCCUGGCCUGUUCAGUGUUGUGUUGUGUGUGAUUGUUAGUGUCAUGUCGUGUACUCGCUCUUUGUUGUGCUCUUGCUCAGUGUUAAGUAAACCUUUACAUUGUUGAUUCCUGCGUCUGCGUCCUGCCUCUUCGUAUCCUCAGUACUCAUCACAGAAUCACACACCUCACGAAGAUGGAUGCAGCAGGUAAUCCUCCUGGAGUUUCCCAGCACGUGGACCAGCACCAGCAGCAGAUUGCCCAGCUGAAUGCCUCCAUACAGGAAGUGCUCCAAACGCUGCAUAAACUGACCAUCGCUCCGGUUCCAGCUCAGGGAGCGGCGAGUGCACCUAGUCCACCUCCUCCUGUGCUAUCACCAACGUCUGAGGGACCCCUCGCCCUGCCGGAGCGCUAUGACGGGAAAACGAUGAAAUGUAGAGGCUUCCUGCUACAGGUUUCACUGUAUCUGGCGCGUCAACUUGGGGCAUCUCCAUCGGACCAAGCCAGGAUAGCGCUGGUGAUUUCGCUACUGAAGGGAAAGACCCUGGAUUGGGCCACGGCAGUCUGGGAAGGAGGUGAGGCCACAGCACUUCCCUACUCCACCUUCCUCGAUCGGUUCAGGGCGGUGUUCGAUCAUCCCACGGAGGGAAAGGACGGGGGUGAGCAUCUCCUCCGGCUAUACCAGGGAGAGGAGGCCGCGUUCGAGUACGCCCUGAGCUUUUGCACGGUGGCGGCGUCUUCCGGCUGGAAUGGGCGUGCUCUGCGCACUGCCUUCAGGAGAGGCUUACGGGAGGACAUCACGAAGGAACUCGCAUGUCGUGACGACGAGAUGGACCUUGAUACUCUCAUCGCCAUGUCCAUUCGUCUCGACGACAUGUUGAGAGACCGAAGGCGUUCCCAACACCACCCGAAGCCUCAACGCUCACCCCAUCUGAGCUAUGGAAGCCGCCCUGCCUCCGAGUCCUCACCCAUGGAGGUGGGCAGCACCCCCUACAUCACCACAGACCACAGAUCUCCUGGCUGCUCCCUAUCUAGGCGGUAUGACUCCAGUCGCCGCUCCGUGAGUGUUCCGUCAUCACCUGUCACUAAACCAUUGUUUUUAGUUCCCCUACGGGGAAUUGUUCUUCCUUCUCUUCGCUUUCCACGGCAAUGAUAGAUUCCGGAUCAGAGGGGAACCUUAUCGAUAGAGAGCUGGUCUCUGAAUGGGGGUUGCCCACCAUGCCACUGCCUUCUCCGUUACACGUCACCUCGCUGGACAAUAAACCACUUGGAUCAGGCACCAUUACGCACGUCACUCUCCCCAUCACCAUCACCAUUCCCACACUACCGGUGCACCAUGAGGAGCUGUCCUUCCACAUCGUCACGUCACCCCUUCACCAGAUCGUCUUGGGAUUGCCCUGGCUCAGACUACACAACCCCACCAUCAAUUGGAUCACCAAGAGAAUCACAGCCUGGUCCCCCUCAUGCCGGAGGACCUGCCUGCUGGUGGUUUGUUGUUCCACGUCAGUGGAGAGUCCGGAGUCCGCCCUCCAUCCAGCCCAACAUUCCACGUGAGUACGCAGAUGUCUCCGAUGUCUUCUCUGCCUCCAAGGCUAAGUGUCUCCCUCCUCACAGGCCCUGGGACUGUGCCAUUGACCUGUUGGAGGGACAACACUCCCCUACGAGUCGCAUUUACUCCCUUUCCAUAGCGGAGACUGAGGCCAUGGAGAAGUAUUUGGCGGAGACCCUGAAACAGGGGUUCAUCAGACGCUCUACCUCUCCUGUCUGCGCCAGCUUCUUCGUGGCCAAAAAAGACGGAGGACUGAGGCUGUGCAUUGACUACCGGGGGCUGAAUGCAGUCCCCACCAAGUACCGGUACCCCCUCCCUCUGGUUCCGUCGGCCAUCGAGCAGCUGCGAGGGGCCCGGUACUUUACCAAGUUGGACCUGAGGAGUGCCUACAAGCUGAUCCGAAUCCGGGAAGGAGACGAGUGGAAGACGGCAUUCAGCACUACCUCAGGCCACUAUGAAUACUGCGUCAUGCCCUACAGCCUUGCCAACACACCUUCCGUGUUCCAGUCCUUCGUCAAUGAUGUGUUAUGAUAUGCGAAUUCCACCAACAGGCCAUCUCCUUCCUGGGAUACAAGAUCAGUCCUCAUGGGGUGUUCAUGGUAAGAGCGAAGACAGAUGCUGUCAGGUCAUGGCCAGUCCCCACCACCAUCAAGGGCCUACAGAGUUUCCUGGGCUUCGCAAAUUUCUACCAGCGUUUCAUCAGGUCCUUCAGCUCAAUAGCCGCCCUGCUCACCUCUCUCCUUAAGGGUGGGCCUCAGAAGCUGGCCUGGAACCCUGAGGCUGACGCUGCCUUCAAGAGGCUGAAGGAGAGGUUCACCACAGCGCCCCUCCUAAAACACCCAGAACGAGCUCGUCCUUUCAUCCUGGAGAUGGACGCAUCUGAGGAGGGCGUGGGUGGUGUCCUCUCCCAGCGGCAAGGUAAGCCAGAGAAAAUGUAUCCCUGUGCCUUUUUUCUCGAAAAAGCUUACCCCCGCAGAGAGGAACGAUGGAGUUGGAGACCGGGAGCUGUUGGCGGUGGUCCUCGCUCUGGAGGAAUGGAGACACUGGCUGGAGGGCGCAGUCCAUCCAUUCCGGAUUCUCACUGACCACCGGAAUUUGGAGCACAUACGGGCAGCGACACGGAUGAACUCUCGUCAAGCCAGGUGGGCCCAAUUUCUUACUCUAUUUUAGUUUAUUCUGUUCUACCACCCAGGAUCCCAGAAUGUGAAGGCCGACGCACUCUCCAGGAUGCAUCAUACCGGAGAAAGGAAGGAACUGGGGGGUCCUGUCCUGCCUCCGUCUCUCAUUGUGGCACCUGUCGCUUGGGAUGUGGACGAAGACAUCCGCCUGGGGCUCAGGAGGACCCAGCGCCUGCCAACGCCCCUCCGGGGCUCGUGUAUGUACCCACCAGGGUCCGGGACCGCCUGCUGAUCUGGGCACACACCACCUUUACGGCAGGGCACUCCGGUAUGAUGCACACCCUACAUUCUCUCUCACAGAAAUACUGGUGGCCCACCUUGGCUACUGAUGUCUCCCACUAUAUCAACUCCUGUUCCGUAUGUGCCCAAACGAAGACACCUCGGAACGCCCCGGCAGGCAAACUAGUUCCUCUCCCAGUGCCUCAGCGACCUUGGUCACACCUGUCCAUAGACUUUGUCACCGACCUCCCACAUUCUGACGGCUUCACCACAGUCCUGGUGGUCGUAGAUCGGUUCUCCAAAUCAUGCCGUCUUUUGCCACUAACGGGUCUUCCUUCUGCUCUCCAGGUUGCUGAGGUCCUGUGCCAACAGGUCUUCCGGCAUUCGGGACCUUUGUCACCGCCCUGACCGGCCCGCUCCUCAUCCUCGGGGUCGUCCGGGGGAGCCGCGCGUCCAUGGGAGGGUACUGUCACGUCUCCUCCCGUUGCUCCCCUCCGGCACUCUGAUUCGCCGGUCUACUGAGCCACCGGUCUGAGCGCACCACCUCGGCAACACCGGAAUGGAAACCCAACGCACCCUAAUCACCUCCAGCGCACCUGCACCUCAUCAUCUCAUCACCACCCCUAUAUAGCCCUGGACUGUUCAGUGUUGUGUUGUGUGUGAUUGUUAGUGUCAUGUCGUGUACUCGCUCUUUGUUGUUCUCUUGCUCAAUGUUAAGUAAACCUUUACAUUGUUGAUUCCUACCUCUUCGUAGCCUCAGUACUCGUCACAGUGACCAAAAUACAAACGGCAUGCAUUGGCCAAAUGCAGAUGAGCAUGCAAAUGUAGGGGCAUUAUGUGAUCGUGCUGUGAAAAAAAUAAAGCACUUGGAAAGGACACAGCGUGCUGUUUAGAUCUUCUGUCUGUGUCCUGUUUAUUGAAUGAUGUGCUCCAUUUCAGUCCCAGAUGUGCCAAGCUUAUAAAAAAUGUAUAUGAGAGAGAGCUGUUACUCAAAGUUAAAUGUAUCAAAUGCCUGUGGGGACACACUCCCCUUUUGCCUGUUAAAUGUUGGUUCCCUUGUGGGAACAUGAAGAUUGUUAAUUCAUUCAUUAAUCUAUCGAUUUUUGAAUUUUAGAGAUUCUUCAUUAAUUAUUAAUAAUUCAUCCAUUUAUGUGGGUAUCAAUAUAACUAGAAUAAUGUAUUCUUACUCUUUCAUCUCUCUUCCUCCUCCCUAUACCCUAUCUCCUCCCUCCUUCCCUCUCUCCUUCCUCCUUCCCUCUAUCCGCAGGUGAAUGGCAUUGACCUGCGCGUGGCCACUCAUGACGAAGCUAUCAACGUGCUGCGCCAGACCCCUCAGCUGGUACGUCUGAGCGUGUACAGGGACGAGGCUCAGUACAAGGAGGAGGACCUGUGGGAUGCCUUCACCGUGGAGUUGAACAAGAAGCCUGGCCAGGGCCUUGGCCUCAGCAUUGUGGGGAGAAGGUAAUAGAACUUAUAAACAUUUAUGGGAUUUCCUAAAAUGGACACCGUAAAAAAUGGCUGUCCUAAAAUGGAUGUCUGUAAGGAUGUUGGAGAGAAGCUUUCUUUCACUAGGAUGGAGGGUCCCUCAAGUAUUUAGGAUUAAAUACAUUACAGCAUCCCAUCAGAGAUUUACUAAGCCCCUACUAGACUCAGUAGAGCAGUGGAUAGUGUGUGUGUAGGCCACAGGUUGUUAAGCAGCAGGGUUCAAGGUGUGUGACCUUUCCUAACUCAGUGAUUGACUUCGGUCAGUGAAUUGACUAGUUGCUAGAAAACCAUAUUAGGCAUUUCAAGAUUUAAAUGUGUUCUUCAUUCAACAUAGGAAACGAAAAAGGAAACAUUCUACAACCGGUACCGAAUUGAAGAGUCAUAACUGGAACGGGUAUCGGAACAGAACAAAUUUCCAAAGAUACCCAGCCCUUGCCCUAGUAGAUAGACAAGCCCCACAUACACCAAUCUAGAUACCCUGGCUUUUUACCUGGGUCUGCCUUCAGUGUAUUUGGGUCAUUCUACCCUGCUUUGGAACCUGCUUUACCUUAACCUAUAGAUCCUGAACCGCCAUGCCUCUUACUGGGGUAAAACAAAAUGGACAUCAACGAACCACAGCAGGAGGCGUGCAUGUGAUUUACAUUUGUACCUGAUUGAUUGAUAGAUACCUGAUUUUCCUCAGAGAGGACAAUUAUUUCCACAGCCUAUUAGUUAAAUACAACAUUUUGUAACGACACAAAAAAGUAUUACACUUAAAAGUUACAUCAUUUGAUUUGAUCUUGAAUCUAUCUAACCCUAACUACAACAUUCUCACACACAAAUGACAGACACAUGCACAGAGACACCAAGCACUCACACUAACACAACACAACAUAAACCCUGGUUCACUCAUACGAUGACGUUUCUAUCCCCAACAGGAACGACACAGGGGUGUUUGUGUCGGACAUAGUAGAAGGGGGCGUGGUGGACAGUGACGGGAGGCUGAUGCAGGGAGACCAGAUCCUGUCCGUCGACAAGGAAGACGUCAGAAACGCCACACAGGAGUUAGUGGCCGAGCUGCUGAAGGUGAGCCUAUAAAGGAACCGCGGGAAGUUCCAUCUGGGUCAAAUAAAGCCUGGUCUCAGAUCUGUUUUUGCCGUCUUGCUAGAUACAUAUACAUGAUACAUGACCACAGGCUUUGGCUAUUCAUCACUAACAGAUCUGGGACCAGGCUGUGUUCAAUGUUUUUGUUGUCUCAAAUUAAGUUACAAAUUGUUGAUAAUUUAUGUAUUGGGGAAUUUGUUGGAUUGUGUUGUAUUGGCUCUUUUCCCAACGGUUGGUGUAGAAUACAACACUAGCAUCUGUUCCUUUUGAUAGUUUGUUUAGUUGAAAAACAAUUUUAUGUGUUUGUAUGUUUACAUGUUGUGUUUGUAUGUUUACAUGUUUACAUGUUUGUGUUUGCAGUGCGGUGUGGGACCCAUAGUGAUGGAGGUGGGCAGAUUUAAAGCCGGGCCCUUCCACUCUGAGAGGAGGUUCUCACAGAGCAGUCAGGUAAGCUGCCAUUUUCUGGACCUUAAUUAUAUGCUGGGGACUGUUUAGGAGGGCAACAUUACAGCAUGUUCAGACAGAAAUGCAUCUAACAGAUAUGACCCACUUAUGCCAUUCAUAUUAAGUUUCCCUUCCCUUGUGUUUGGGUAGAUGAGUGAAACAGACAGCUGCAAGGUGACCCCUCUCUCUCUGUCAGCCUCCUCUGGAAGCCUCAAAGUGGACUGUGACAGCUUACAACACACAAAUCAGGAGUGUAAGACAUUUUCAGUUGAUAAACAUGUUGUGGAUUGAAAAACUAAAGCUGGCUUGAUUCAUUUGGCUUGAUUCAUUUGGGCUGUUUACCGUUGUUGUUUACACAGCACUGGACCACCAGCAGAUCAGAAGUGUUGAAUUCACAAAGGUCAGUGUUCUUUUAUAAAAUGUAUAAUUAUUCUGAAAAACAAAACAAUUUUUAGCAUGACCUUGUAUUAAGAUAAAUGCAACAUACAGAUUGUACUGGUUUUUCACUACUACUAUUUCUAUAUGUGUUUUAUGUGGGGUAACUUACUACAACUUGUGGUUGUAGUGAUUUUGGAGUACUUUGUGUAAUUGGUUGCCUUUCCUCAUAGGGCCCCACUGACUCAUUGGGCAUCAGUAUUGCGGGUGGAGUGGGCAGUCCCCUGGGUGAUGUGCCCAUCUUCAUCGCCAUGAUGAACCCUACUAGCCUCGCUGUCCAGACACACAAACUCAAGGUGGGUUGGUACAGCAGCGGCUGUAGGGUCCUGUUAAACAGAAUAUGGGUUAUGUAGGCUAUGUUGUUGGUUGAGUUCAAGGACCCUCAUAGAAAGUCAGACUCUGCAGAUCACAUGGAAUCUGCUCACUAAAUGUUUACCCGAAAGAGAGAUUUGUUUUGAGAUGCAAUUUAACAGUCAGGAGCUUCAACAUGUCGACAUGUCGGUCAUACAAAUUCUCCAAAGCCACAAAUGCAAGCACAAACAUCUGUAUUAAGUCAACUUCUAGAAUAUUUCCAACUAAGUGUAUCACCCCUUCACUUGUGUCUGGUUCAUUUGGGGCUGUAGGCUAUUCAGAUUUGAGAUUCGUGUGUGUAACUCAGACUUUUUACGUAAAUCGUUCAGUGACGUCAAUGUGGGAUUUGCGUGAAAAUUGUAUCUCAAGUCUAAAUACUCCCCUUAGUCAGUUUCAAGUCAUCACGUUGGUUGGGACUAUUAGGCUUGAGGGCCUUUACAGCUGAAAGCGAUGGCGGAUGGCCUCCUGCAGAAGGACAGACAAACUAACCAUUGUAGCCCCCACAGACAGACUGGCAGCAGACAAUAGUAGAGCAGCAAGCCAUCUAGGAAUAUAUAUAUAUAACUCUACUGCACUGAGCCCAUAAAAUGUAACAGAACAGAGGGCCUGUGUGGAUGUCUUGAAUAUAAUAUCUAUGUUGGUAUCCCUUCAAAAGCCCACUCAGACCAUUCCCAGACAGUCCUAGCAAAAUUCUUGCUUGAGAAAUUGCCCUUUGCUAAGAAGCUAUUUUUGUUUCUUUUUUACACUUUAAUGGAAAACAAUCACAUUUGUAUCCCUUCAGGGUGAAAUAAAACAGGCAAAACACAAAGCAGUGGUUUAGAUAUACACUGCUCAAAAAAAUAAAGGGAACACUUAAACAACACAAUGUAACUCCAAGUCAAUCACACUUCUGUGAAAUCAAACUGUCCACUUAGGAAGCAACACUGAUUGACAAUACAUUUCACAUGCUGUUGUGCAAAUGGAAUAGACAACAGGUGGAAAUUAUAGGCAAUUAGCAAGACACCCCCAAUAAAGGACUGGUUUUGCAGGUGGUGACCACAGACCACUUCUCAGUUCCUAUGCUUCCUGGCUGAUGUUUUGGUCACUUUUGAAUGCUGGUGGCGCUUUCACUCUAGUGGUAGCAUGAGACGGAGUCUACAACCCACACAAGUGGCUCAGGUAGUGCAGCUCAUCCAGGAUGGCACAUCAAUGCGAGCUGUGGCAAGAAGGUUUGCUGUGUCUGUCAGCGUAGUGUCCAGAGCAUGGAGGCGCUACCAGGAGACAGCAGCAGGACUGCUACCUCCGCCUUUGUGCAAGGAGGAGCAGGAGGAUAACUGCCAGAGCCCUGCAAAAUGACCUCCAGCAGGCCACAAAUGUGCAUGUGUCUGCUCAAACGGUCAGAAACAGACUCCAUGAGGGUGGUAUGAGGGCCCGACGUCCACAGGUGGGGGUUGUGGUUACAGCCCAACACCGUGCAGGACGUUUGGCAUUUGCCAGAGAACACCAAGAUUGGCAAAUUCGCCACUGGCGCCCUGUGCUCUUCACAGAUGAAAGCAGGUUCACACUGAGCACAUGUGACAGACGUGACAGAGUCUGGAGACGCCGUGGAGAACGUUCUGCUGCCUGCAACAUCCUCCAGCAUGACCAGUUUGGCGGUGGGUCAGUCAUGGUGUGGGGUGGCAUUUCUUUGGGGGGCCGCACAGCCCUCCAUGUGCUCGCCAGAGGUAGCCUGACUGCCAUUAGGUACCGAGAUGAGAUCCUCAGACCCCUUGUGAGACCAUAUGCUGGUGCGGUUGGCCCUGGGUUCCUCCUAAUGCAAGACAAUGCUAGACCUCAUGUGGCUGGAGUGUGUCAGCAGUUCCUGCAAGAGGAAGGCAUUGAUGCUAUGGACUGGCCCGCCCGUUCCCCAGACCUGAAUCCAAUUGAGCACAUCUGGGACAUCAUGUCUCGCUCCAUCCACCAAUGCCACGUUGCACCACAAACUGUCCAGGAGUUGGCGGAUGCUUUAGUCCAGGUCUGGGAGGAGAUCCCUCAGGAGACCAUCUGCCACCUCAUCAGGAGCAUGCCCAGGCGUUGUAGGGAGGUCAUACAGGCACGUGGAGGCCACACACACUACUGAGCCUCAUUUUGACUUGUUUUAAGGACAUUACAUCAAAGUCGGAUCAGCCUGUAGUGUGGUUUUCCACUUAAAUUUUGAGGGUGACUCCAAAUCCAGACCUCCAUGGGUUGAUAAAUUUGAUUUCCAUUGAUAAUAUUUGUGUGAUUUUGUUGUCAGCACAUUCAACUAUGUAAAGAAAAAAGUAUUUAAUAAGAUUAUUUCAUUCAUUAUUUUUUAUUUUUUUUUACAUUUGAGUCAUUUAGCAGACGCUCUUAUCCAGAGCGACUUACAUUAUCUUUUUACUUUUCAUACUGGCCCCCUGUGGGAAUCGAACCCACAACCCUGGCGUUGCAAACGCCAUGCUCUACAUCCCUGCCGGCCAUUCCCUCCCCUACCCUGGACGACGCUGGGCCAAUUGUGCGCCGCCCCAUGAGUCUCCCGGUCGUGGCCGGCUACGACAGAGCCUGGAUGUGUUAUUUUAGUGUUCCCUUUAUUUUUUGAGCAGUGUAUAUGGUUUGCUUGCAUUAGAUAUGACCUAAAUGAAUGUUUUCAGUUGUUAUCUUAUUGUAUCAUUACUAAGUCUGUAUUAAUUUCAUUACCAGAAUCUAUUGCUUUAUGAUGCCUGGCGAAAGUCGGCUGAUUAGGGGUAAUUAAUCUCUAUUCUCAAUCAGCACAGACCACUAUCUCCUUUCCGCUAACCCCUUCCAACAAGUGGCAUACAAUACAAUGCCUGUCUUAGUUUUACGCCUACAAGGGCCUAGGAGGUAGGGGUUAGGGAUCGAUUUAGUAUUAGAUGGAUCGCUAUGCUUCUGUCUCUAACCCAAACGUACCGGUAUUCCAAACAUUGUGUCCAAGGGACCGUGACCUUGUUACUUUUCUAUUGUUUCUCUAUUUUCUUUCUCUCUACAUUGUUGGGAAGGGUCCGUAAGUAAAUAUUUCACUGUUAGUCCACACCAGUUGUUUGCGAAGCAUGUGACUAAUAUAAUGUGAUUUGAUUUGAACCUUGUGACCUCUUUGUGACCUCCAGAUCGGUGACAGGAUUGUCAGUAUCUGUGGGACAGCUACUGAGGGUAUGAGCCACAGCCAGGCCGUCACCCUGCUGAAGAACGCCACCGGCACCAUCGAGCUGCAGGUCAGUGAAAUACUUAUUGUUCAGUCAUUCUCCCAACUACAGUAAGAUUAUACUGGUCUUUUAGCAACAACUCGUAUCUGAAUAUGUCCACUUCAUCAAUGAUAACUGUGUAUUAUCUGUAGCUUGUCUGUCUAUUUGAUGUGGUUGCUGUCAUCUAUGUCAUGUUGUCUUUUUCUCAGUGUGAGACAAAUUCCUGUAAAAGGCCAAUAACUGAGCUGAUGAACUGAAUGAUUAAAGACCUAAAUGACCUUUUCAUGUAUCACUUGUCUUGCAACCAUAAAACCCAACAGGUGGUAGCAGGGGGUGAUACCACAGUGACCGGCCCCUCUCAGGAGCAGACAGCUGCCGGACUCUCAGUCUCAGGCCUUACUGCUACUAGCAUCUUCCACGACGACCUGGGGUACGCACACACACACACACACACACACACACCACACACACACACACGCACACAUGCACACACACACACCUGUCGUUCCUGUGAAACCCGUACAAAGCUUGAUAAACAUCAACAGAAGAUAUCUAGCAGAGGAAGCUGGUGGGAGGAGCUAUAGGAGGACGGGCUCAUUGUAAUGGUUGGAAUGGAAUCAAUGGAACCGAGUCAAACAUGGUUUUCGUAUGUUUAAUGUGUUUGAUACCGUUCCAUUGAUUCCAUUCCAGCCAUUACAAUGAGCCCUCCCUCCUAUAGCUCCUCCCAUCAGCCUCCUCUGAUAUCUAGAUAUCUAAUGACAACAUUUCUCUACGUCCUACAGACCUCCUCAAUAUAAGACCAUUACACUGGAAAGAGGCCCAGACGGACUGGGCUUCAGCAUUGUUGGUGGCUUUGGAAGCCCACACGGAGACCUGCCCAUUUAUGUGAAAACCGUGUUCGGAAAGGUUGGGGAAAUCUCCUCUUUUUGCUAAACUGACUUUAUAAUUAACUAAUCCAGGUCAGUAUUCUGACCUGAGAUCUGCAGGGGAUUUGCUUGUGCAUAUCUGACAUUAGAAUACCUCCCAUUAAAACAACUUCAUAAUGCUAGAUUUGUAUAUUUACGUCAUUUAGCAGACGCUCUUAUCCAGAGCGACUUACAGGAGCAAUUAGGGUUAAGUGCCUUGCUCAAGGGCACAUCGACAGAUUUUUCACCUAGUCGGCUCGGGGAUUCGAACAAGCGACCUUUUGGUUACUGGCACUACUCUCUUAACCACUAAGAUACCUGCCGCCCCUAUUUCUUGCAAGCUCAUUUGAACAUUCUUGAAACGUACAUUGAUUUGAAGAUUGAUGAAAUCUAUUCCUUUAGAAUUGAUAGUUAAAACAGUUGUAACUGAAAGUGUGGUAACCUGGCGUGUGGGUGUGUGUUCUCCAGGGAGCAGCGUCAGAGGACGGGCGUCUGAAGCGGGGGGAUCAGAUUAUGGCUGUUAAUGAACAGAGUCUGGAGGGGGUCACCCACGAGGAUGCCGUGGGCAUCCUGAAGAGGACCAAAGGAACAAUCACCCUCACUGUGCUCUCCUAGAUACGCGCGCGCACACACACACACACAC